AUGGGGGGGGAGAGAAAUAACCCUUACCUGCCUGAGCAAUUCUUGCAGCAGCAACAGCAGCGGGUGGUGCUGGUGACAGCCCCCCCUCCUCCUCCCGCCGGGGCUGCCACUGCAGUGAGUGCCUGGCGGUGGCAGGUGGAGGAGGAAUCCCCCCGGGCGGAGAAGAGGAAAAAGAGGAGGAGGAGGGAAGAGGAGAAGCGCGCGCCCCCGUGGCUGGCAGCGCCACCAGCAGCAGAGGCGGCGGCGGCGGCACGCGCAGCUCCUGGGAUUUUCUCUCUCUCUCUCUCCCCCCCCCCCCCCGCCACGCGCCUGCUCCUCGCGCGCUUUUCUUCUCCUCACGCUGCAGCUCGCUUUCUCUCUCUCGCCCCCCCUCAACCCUCCCGCCUUUUCCAGGUGACGUGAUGCCCGUUGUUUUGGUGCGCCCGACCAAUCGGACUCGGCGCCUGGAUUCUACGGGAGCCGCGAUGGGCCCGUCGUGGCGGCAACAGGACUCCCCUCUGCCGACCAUAACGCAUUGCGCAGGGUGCACCACCGCCUGGUCCUCCUGCAGCUUUAACAGCUCUGACAUGGAAACACCAUUGCAGUUCCAGCCGGGCUUCUGCUCAGAGCAGCAGCAGCAGCAGCAGCAGCGCCCACACCCGCAUUGCCAGCAGCAGCAGCGCCACGCUCAAGACAAGCAGCAGCAGCAGCAGCAGCAGCAGCGCAGCCCGUGCCUCCAGUGCAACAACUGCUGCGCUGCUCACUACGGCGCUGCGUCGGGCGCGGGAGAUAACCUGCCGCUGCUGCUCCGCACUUCGUCGCCCCUUUCGGCGGCGGGCGCCUUCCGGGCGCGCUCGUCGACGCCGCUCUCGUGCUCCGCAGCCUCGUCGCGCCCGGGCAGCCAGCUCAACGUGAGCGAGCUGACCCCUUCCAGCCAUGCCAGUGCGCCCAGGCAGCCCCACCACUACGCCCAGCCCCAGCCCCACCACCACCACUCCCACUACUACCAGCCGUGCCAUAGCGUCCAGCCGCAGCAGCAGCAGCAGCAGCCGGCGGGAAGCCCCAGCAGCAGCGUCGGCAGCGCAGGCAGCCACAGCCACCCUCCCAGCAGCCACCCAGCAGCGUCCCAGCAGCGGCGGGAAAGCAACCCCUUCACGGAAAUAGCCAUGAGCAGCUGCAGAUACAACGGCGGCGUCAUGCGUCCUCUCAGCAACCUCAGCUCGUCCCGCAGGAACCUGCACGAGCUCGACUCCGAGUCGCAGCCGCUGCAGCCUCACCAGCCGCCGCCGCCGCCUCCCUCACACGCCAGUCCCAGCGCUUCGGCUGCCGCUGCUGCCGCCGCCGCCGCCUCCUCGGCCAGCGGCGCCGGCCCGGAGAUCGUGGUGUCCAAGCCCGAGCACAACAACUCCAACAACUUGGCGCUCUACGGAUCCUCAGGCGGCGGCGGCGGAGGAGGAGGAGGAGGAGGAGGCGGCAGCCAGACCAACAGCGGCGGCGGCGGCAGCAAGUCGAGCAAGAAGAAGAACCAGAACAUCGGCUACAAGUUGGGACACCGGCGCGCGCUCUUCGAGAAGCGCAAGCGCCUCAGCGACUACGCGCUCAUCUUCGGCAUGUUCGGCAUCGUGGUCAUGGUCAUCGAGACCGAGCUGUCGUGGGGCGCCUACACCAAGGUACCUGCUGCCCCUCGCAGCGCCCGCCUCGCAUCCCUGGCAUCGCUGUCUUCCCUCUCUUCUCUGUUCCUCUCCCCCCUUCCUUCCUUCCUUCCUUCCUUCCUUCCUUUCUCUCCCCUCCACAUUUCCUUUCUUGUUUUCCCCCCAUCCAUUCCAUUCCUUUCCUCUCCUUCUUCCCUUGCCCACUUUAUUAUUUUCCCUCUCCUUUCCACAUCUUUCUCCCUUUUUGUAGCAGUUCCUAUUGUCAUACCCCCCCCCCCCCCAAGGACAUUGUCUCUGAAUUGGGAAAAGUGCGCUCUGUUGCUUAGGAAAUGUGGCUUCCCGGCUGAACUGCUUUUGUGUAUGUUAAAGCUGAGCUACUACAGCUGUGUGAACUAUUUUUGUGUAGGUCACACCCAAAUGCAGUUGUGCUUCACAAGGAAUGUGGUUUUCUAAUGUCCCACCUGCUUACUUAGCCACUAAUUUCAAUAUUGCUUACUUCCUCCAAUGGGGCAGAUAACCACUUUGAAACACCCAUCCUGAAUACAUCCACUUACUGAGAAAGUGCCAAUUACUGUAAUGGCAUUUACUUCCAAGGAAGUGCCUUUAGGGAUGCAGCCAAGUGCUCCAGUCCUGUAAACUCUGUUACUUGGAAGUUAAUCCUACGGUCUCCAUAUCCAGAGAUUCCUAUUGCUACAGCCACAAUCUACCUAGGAAAUCUGUGGGACUGUUCCAGCCAGAGAGCUGUAGAUAUUUCCCAUAGCUACUUACACUGGAAAAUAGCCUUCGUUUGCCGUUAUUUUGGGGAACCUUGCAGGGUGGCUUGGAGUUUGCUUGCUUUUCCUGCAGAUGUUUAAAAUGCCCACCCAUGCAUGCUUUGCUGUAGAACGAAUGUGUAUCGUACAUCUGCUACAUUGCACACCAUACUAUGCAAGGAGUAACAGAGGAACUUGCUAACUUGCACAGCCAAUUCAUGUUAGCCUAGUAAGAUUUUCCCCAUAAUAAUUCUUCAUCCAUACAUUCUGAAUGAAUGCUGUGUGGAUGCUUUCUACACUAAGAUGCCCCGCAUCUGGUAUGCAGGCACUUGCUGCUUGUAUCUCCUGAACUGAGCAGCGACAGCUGUGUGUUAAAACCCUGCCUCUUUGUUACCACACUGCAAAGCUGACGGGGGACAGAUAAUCGGAUAAUGCCUUGAUAAGAUAAUAACUGGAAAAGCCAGCUGUUUAAAUGCCUUGCAUCAAUGGUUUUAGCAUCCCUUACAAGAUUACUGCCUUUGAGAUAGCUUUAAUUCCAGAAAGGCUUGCCCAGUGUAGUUAGACAUGCAUGUAAUGUUUUUUGGGGUGACUUUUUCCACUCCCAGUUGCUUUGCUAGGCCUUUAAAGGAGUUUAUCUCUUCCCAGUACUGUACUGGGUUGCUCUGCUAGAAUAGUGAGUUUACACUUAGCUCAUUAGAUGUAUCUUGUUCUGUGCUGUUGCUUUUUAAUGUAAAGAUCUAUACUUUUAAAGGUGUUGUUUUUUAAGAGCAAAGUCUUUCUUACAAAACGUAGCCUGUAUUCCCCUGAGAUCAUCAAGAUGAAGGACACAAAGAUCAGUGUAAAAAGCAUCUAUUUUUCUCUUGCAGGAGUCGCUGUAUUCAUUAGCCCUAAAAUGCCUUAUUAGCCUCUCUACAAUCAUUCUGCUUGGUCUGAUUAUUGUAUACCACGCAAGGGAAAUUCAGGUACGUUCCACUUAUGAUCUGAGGCUUGUUGCUACCUGUGUUUCAAGGACAUUUCUGUGAAACUAAACAGACUGCAUUGAUGCAUUCUUACUAAAGAGUUAACAGUGCAACGUCUUAGGUGCUCCUAGCUAUAUUGUCACUUCCAAUGUCUGAGUACCCUAGUCUGCAUGUACUAGAUGUGCUUUUCUAGCCCUCAAUGGCAAUUUAUUAAUGCAAAAUGAAGAGCUUUAAUGCCUGCCCAUUCUUCUACAACAACUGCAUGUUAUGCUAAUCCAUACAGGAUCAUAUGACUAAUUGUGGACUCUUCAGUCACCUCCAAAUAUCAAACCUUGGUGCUGCUGUGCUAGAUGUCUAUUAUACAAAUAUAGACUUGUUGUGGGUGGGGAUGAAAGGUUAUAACAGGUUUAAAUUCAAUUCAUCAUUGUCACAAGGUUUGAAAAACUCCAGUAAUGAACCACAAUGAUAUUCUUUUUUUAAAUCAGCAAAGCACAGUUUUGUUUAAAGGGCCGAUGAUUAGCUUUUUCUUUAAGUAAAAGUAGUUUGGAAGAUCAGUCCCUUUCAAGAUUUAGAUAUGUUUCUUCCUCUAAGGACAUUGUCUCUGAAUUGGAAAAAGUGUAUUCUGUUGCUUACAAAAUGUGUCUUCCUGACUGAAUUACUUGUAUCUGUGUAUCACAAAUACAAUUGUGUACUUCACAAGUAAUGGUGUAUGGUUUCCCCUAUGUGCACCCUAAUGUUGUAUGUGCUUACUUGGGAGAUUCGUUUAUUUCAGUAUUCCUUACACCCAAGGAAGUAUGCAUGGGAUGAAAACUAUCUCAGUGUAGUAAUACUGUCCUGUGUGAAGGGUACAAUGUAUUCCUAUAAAAUGCUGUUCAGUUAUCACAGAGAACUUCUUAUAAAUGCAAUAGUUAAUCUCUUUCAAGGACCAAGGCUUUUUCUUUAAUUGAUGGAGGAAAAUACCAGCAUCGAAUAGGCAAUCGUAAUUGUGAAGUGUUUUCGAGCAUUUUCAAACCAAACCAUAGAUCCUGAAGGUUCUUUCUCAGGUAGCUGUGUGUUGUAUGGCUCAAGGUCACAGGAUCUGUUUCUCUUAACUUGUACUGUAGCUCUAGUAGAAAGAACAUUUACAUUUUUAAAUAAUGCAUUAACAAUGUACAUAUGUACAUAUCUAUUCAGAAGUAUGUCCCACUGAAGUGCAAUGGGACUUACUCUCAGGUAGGCUUGAGUAGGAUCACAGUCUUAUCAAACCUUCCUCCCAGCUUUAGGUUCAUACUUCUUAGUACAAACAGUAGGAUUGCUUGUGUGAAAGUGAGACAGUAUUAUUAUUAUUAUUUUAAAAAAGAAAUCUCAUUUUUUCCCUCUUGGAACCCAUAACUUAUUUACCAAUAUUUUUUCAUGCACAUCUUCCCCAGUAAAUCUGAGCUAAUAUGUUUCAAAUCACAAUAAUAGUACAUCAUUUUCAGUAAUGCAAAUAAAAUAUCCCCUCAGGAGUCAUGUGAAGCCUGAAGAAGCUUACUGCUUGUCAUAAAAAAGAUGAAUAUAAUUGUACUAAGCAUUUAAAAUGGAUAACAGGAAUAUAGUUUACAUUUCUUUAAACAGAUGUUUGAUUUGUCGCACAUUUGUAAAAAGAUCAAUCUUUAUUUGCAAGUAAGUAUGUGCAAAUAAAUCAAAUCGAUAUAGGGCUGUGCAAGUUUUUUUUCCUGCUUCCCUAGAGCAAAUCUCACUGAACACAAUGGAACUUACUUCUGAGUAAACAUUCAAAUGAUUGAGUGGUGUAUGUUAUAAAAUCAGCAUUGCCUACAACCAGUUAAGCGACAAAGUUCUGAACAUCAGUGUUCAAAUAAUUUAUUCUUGAGCAUUUGAACCCAAGUAAAGAGUUUGGCGAGUUAUAACCUUACAAAUACUUUAUGCUGGUGAAUCCCCCCCCCCCAUGAUAUAUUUAUGAAAGUGCUGGUAAAUGCAAUAAAAAUUAACCUUUUAUUACAGUUAUGUGAUUACUUCUAAACUCACUACCUUUUUAAAAUGGUUGUCAGUAACUGAUGACGAUUUGUUUUACCAGUAGUUGCCAUUAUUGUUGUUGUAUCUUAAAAGCCUAAUUAAAUAGUGAUAGUGGUACAGUGGUACUCCUUUAAAUCUGGCUACUGUAGACGGCAGGGCAUUCUUGUGAAAUUAUUGGUACAUUGCAAAUCUUCAAAUGAAGUCUGGGCUUUUCUUUCUUUCUGACCACAAUGACCUCAUUACAUCCUUUACAUCCUUUAGUUUCCCCUUGUGAAAUAUCCACCUGCUCUCUCAUGACCAGAUGAUAGAAAAUUAGGACAGCAAUAGUCAGUGCCCACAAAAUCAGCAGCAACUAGCUAUUUUUGGGUGGAUAGUUGUGGGGAAAUCAUGUAUGCAGUGAUUUGAGUUCAUUCACUUCUGUGGAUGAUGUAGUUCUGCGUUAUAAUUUGUCUAAGUUACCUGUGACUAUUUAAAUGUAUUCUGAAAAGAAGUGUAAUCAAUAUAAUAUAAGUUAGGAGAAACAACAGACAGGAACAUUUUUCUCUAAUUAUGUUGCAAUAAAUAUUUUAGUUCUGAAGGAAAUAGCAUUACAUAGUAACCAGGAAUAUUAGCUUAACAAAUGUGUUCUCUCACCCUCUCUCUUGCUAAGGAAUGAAAUAAGGGUUAAUUUUAGUUCCAAAAAGUAUCACAGGAAACCUUCCAGUACAAAUAAUUUCCUUGGGCUUUCCAGUAUCAUACUCCCCAGAUAUCUUAGUUAUAGAAAGUUCAAACACUUGUAUAGUGUUGUUUUUCUAAGCCUUGGCAGUGGCUAUUUUUAGUUCUGGUAUAAAAGCUUUUAGAUAGCAUAUAAAUCUACAUCAGUAGGCAGCCUGACUUCACUAUUUUCCAUUGAGGGCGUAGGGAAGAGUUUCACUAUAUAUUUUUAAAGCUCAAUUUCUAUAGAAAGAAAGAAAAAUCACCAGCUCUGUACACAGUACAGGCUUUCACCUUCAGCACUGUGGACAGCUCUUGGCAUCAGAAGUUUUGCUAAUACUUGUUUAUGCAAUUUAACAUCUUUUGCCCCGAAAGUAAAUGUGUAUGUGAACAUAUAGGAAAGGGAAUAUGCACUGUGAUUCAAAGUAUUUCUGGAAAUCCAGUGUCAGAUGAAUAUUGAAAUUUAGUUAAAAGACAUUUUUGAAUAGAGAUGAAUGGCUUAUUUAUUUUUUAUGAUGUACAUACAUGCUGUUAAAAUAUGCUACAUUCGCUGUUUGCAUAAUCUGGUGAAACACAAAGGGAAAAGGAUGUGAGCAGCUUAUAAGAGAGAAGGUAUUAAACCCCGCAGUCUUGUGGAGGGUAUUCAGAGGUGAUGACCACUCACUUGGAAAUCUUCGUAGUAUUGUAUUUGGCCAGUUCAGUUCCAAAGAUUUUGCAACCCUUGGAAACUAACAUCUGUGCUAAGCCUAAUCUUCAUUCUAAGUCCAUCAGCAAAACAAAUUAAUGUUUCUGCUCCAAUAAGUGUGCAUAGAAUUUUGGCAUUUGACAGAGACCUGCCUUCUAAAUAGCAUUUCUGUCAAAAAGUGAUACUUGUGCGAAGUCGUUUUGCUUUAGAAUGGAGCACAAUUACAAUACUCAUACCAUUUUAGAAUUAUUUUAAAUAUAAAGUUUUUACAGAUGUUUACUGAGGCACACAUUGCAUAAUAUGAAGAUCGUGCUUCAGGCCAAUAGAGGGAGGUAUGCUUUUUCCUACAAUAAUGAUUGUAAAACACAUGCUGACUGGAAAGAAAAUCCUAACGCAGCACCAAUGCCUUUUUGAGUGUAAAUUAAGAAUUUCAAUUUUUGUAGGGGAGCUUUUGUGAAGAAUAUCAUUUCCCCACAAGCAGUAAUAGUCUUCCCUUUAUAGAAUACGGCAAGUAAUAACACAUAACUUGGAAGGCUUCAUCCUGCCUUUCCAAAAUAAGGGGAAGCCCAAGAAAAAAGGGUAAACUAAUUAGUUGUAUCUGGAAAUACUACAGCAUUUGUUCAGAGUCUUUGAAUUCUUGCUUCAUUUGCAAAUAUAUAUAUAUGUGUGGAUGCACAUGCAUGUGAAUAAAGUCACUCUUUGAAAUAUGCAUGAGGUAUGAAGAGCAGCAGAUUUGAUUGAUUUUCUGCAUAGGACUCAUAUCUUCAUGGUUUUCAGCGUAAGUGAGCCAUAUGGUUAUGAACAUGCAGUGCAGGUGAUACCUUAUUUAGCACUAUGUUGUUAUAGCCACAUAAUUAAUGCUCAUCGAGCACUAAAACAUGAGCUUAUGUUCUUGUAAAAAAAAAGAGGGCAAAGGUUCUUGAAUUUAAAGAAAUGCAGUAUUUUUCAGUAAAUGUUGUAUGAGAGAUUUGAAAGUCAGUCAUACCUAUUUAUUUAGUACAAUGGCUUCAGUGUGGUUGAAAGUUCAAUAAAAGAUCUGUGGAUUGCCUUACAGUAAGUCAAUCCAAUGGUGCAUGUAGCCCAGUACAGUUCAUUGUUACUGGUGGUACCUUUUCAAGUUGUCAAGCUAUGUUUUCUGUUUUUUUGCUGUCUCUGGUUAGCAUGAUAGUAAGCAAAGCAUAGGGACGCGGGUGGCGCUGUGGCCCACUGAGCCUCUUGGGCUUGCUGAUCAGAAGGUCGGCGGUUUGAAUCCCUGCUAUGUGGUGAGCUCCUGUUGAUCUGUCGCAGAUCCUGCCACAACCUAGCAGUUCGAAAGCACACCAGUGCAAGUAGAUAAAUAGGUACCGCUCCGGCGGGAAGGUGAACGCCGUUUCUGUGCUUCUCUGGUUUUGGUUUUCAUUGUGCCAGAAGCAGCUUAGGUAUGCUGGCCACAUGACCUGGAAAAACUGUCUGCGGACAAACGCCGGCUCCCUCGGCCUGUAAAGCAAGAUGAGCGCCGCAACCCCAGAGUCGUCGGCGACUGGACUUAACUGUCAGGGGUCCUUUACCUUCUUUUUUAAGCAAAGCAUAUAUGCUGGCAUUGGUAUGUGGUUGAAUGGGGAUGGGUUAAGAAUGGAAAGCAUAUCUUAUGGAGGCAAAAUGUUACUUGGAGGAUAUUGCAAAGUUUAAAGGAAAGAGUAGCAUGUUAAGCUGUUAACUAUAUGUAACAUUUAGUUAUUGAUGGUCUGACAGAAUUUUGAAAAUAACAAGUAGUUGGUGUUUUAGAUCUGUAUCAUUCUUUGGACGGGACAGCCAAAGUGUACAGAAAAAUACAUACUAGAUAGUGGUGGGCUGUCAGUUACUGAUUGAUAUUAACCUUUUCAAGAAAUGGGAAACUUAAGUUUGGAUUGACUAUUUCUCAUCCACUUGGUAGUUAACUGCUAUUUGUUUCACUCGGACUGACUCCCAAGGAAGUUUGCAUAGAAUUGCAGUUCUAACCCAGUUAACCUGGGAAUGAACCCCAUUGAAUUCAAUAGGACUUACUCCUGAGUGGCAGGAUUGCACUGUAAUAUUCAUUUGCACAUUAAUAUGCACAUUAGUUAGAAGUGACUGUGUAAUGUUCUCAAAUGCAUAGACCCUUAUGUUGUUUUGUAGAAAACAAACUGUGUGUGUGUGUGUUGUGGAUUGCCUGAUUAUAACUGCAUACUCCUGAAUCACAGAAGAUAACAUAUACAGUUAUUUUUCCUAUUUCUUACGUUUUCACGAGCUUUUAAAGGUGUAUUCCAAAAUGAGCAUGUUAAGUAAUCCAGCCCCAUGCACUUUGUACCUCCAUUUUCUUUCGUAGGACCUCAUAAACACCAGGCUGUACUUAAAAUAGUUCUUACAAAAAAUAAUGAUGUUGCAGAGCUCUUAAAUAGCUGUCCUCGUGCUUCAGUGAAUGGCCUGUGUACCCAGAGUUUGCUAUACUGUGGAGAAUACAAAAUAAAGCUUAAGCCUAACACUCAGACUGAAGACCUAGGUCAGGGGUAAGCAAACUUUUUCAGCAGGGGGCUGGUCCACUGUCCCUCAGACCUUGUGGGGGGGCUGGACUAUAUUGGGGGGGGGUGGGAGAACAAAUUCCUAUGCCCCACAAAUAACCCAGAGAUGCAUUUUAAAUAAAAGGACACAUUCUACUCAUGUAAAAACACUCUGAUUCCCGGACCGUCCACGGGCUGGAUUUAGAAGGCAGUUGGGUCGGAUCCGGCCCCCGGGCCUCAGUUUGCCUACCCAUGACCUAGGUCUCUGUUUUAUCACUAGUGAAAUAUUGUAUUUUAUUUUUGGGCAUCGGGCCUACCUUGAGGCAAACACCACCAAGGUAGAUCCAAGCAAGUACACACCUAUAAGGACAUAUAUGCAAGUAACAAUCUAUAUAUUCAUAUUGAUGUUUUUGCAUUGAUCGGGAUUCCUGAAUUUGUGUGUCAUAGCACAGUGUUUUUAUUAUUAUGAAUGCAUAUCUGUGAUGCCUCUCCAUUAAUUGUUUAAUGUGACACUAUCCCUCCCUCUUAUUUUAUAUAUCCAAGUUGCAUCAUGUUGCGUCUUGCAAGUGAUUGGCAAUAAACGCAGUGAGAUAAAGAUAGCGAAAUUUGUCAUCAGAUUUACGUAUCACGUUGUUUUGGAACUUAUGUGAUGCUUAGAGAGAGAAAUCCUGAAAGGGGAGGUCCGCAGACCUCACGCCUGGCAGGAAUUAGGCACUUGUAGGUCAUUAGGGGUCACUAACAUCAGGGGCGUAGGAAGGGGGUGCCGGGGGGGGGUGCGGUCCGCCUCGGGUGCCAUCAUAAGGGGGGUGACAAAAUGCCGGCUGAACUCGACGCUGCCUGUGUAGUGGAACCGAGCGGGGUUGAGUUGCAUUGCAACGCCGAUGCGUCCUCUUCCCACCUCUGUGGCCGGGCGCAUGCGUGGUUGGUCAGACCCUUCUCCCCCUGCCCGUCCAUGUCCUGCCCUCGCUCAGGUAGUGUGUGCGUGUCUGUGUGGCCGCAGUCAAAGCUGUGCUGCUCAUGGGGCAAGGCAGGGUCCUUCUGGGGCUGAUGUGGACUCCCGAGAAGGGCAUGGAGGCGGGAGAGGCUGUGGUCGCCUGCUUUCGCCUUUCAUUUAAGGGCCAAGGCACGCUGGUUUGGGGGUGAGGGGUGGAGAAGCGGCAUCUAGGAGAGCUCUGCAGCCCAGCUGGUUUGAGGGGGGAGAGAGAGAGAGAGAGGUCAUGCGCUGGUGGAGAGGAGAGGAGGGAGGCGAGAAGGAGCCAUAUCAGGACCAGCAACAGCAUCGCCUGCGUGGCUUUCUUUGACGGGGUGGAUGGAGGGAGGAUCGAGGGAGGUGGGAAGACAGGAUCUGCACUGGGAUCGCCUGUGCAGCUCUCUUUGACAGAGGGGGGUGGAGGGAGGAUGGGCGAGGUGGGAUCUGCAUCGGGAUCGCCUGCGUGGCUCUCUUUGAAAGAUUGCAAUUUCAGUGCGGGAGCGGGAGGAGUGAGAAAAAAAAUUCCACACCAGCUACCACCUGACCUUGCUACGCCACUGACUAACAUCACACACAUAGUUGCAUGGGCAGAGGCUUUCCCUGGUGUCCACACCAACCCCCAACCCCCCCACAAAAUGAGUCUUGGAAGUAGCAUUCAAUUGUAGCCAAUAUAAUAGGCUGCAGUGUGUGGUUGGUGAUGGUGCUGCCAGCAGUUCAUCUGGUUUGGAAAUGUGCCCAUGGCUCCAAAAAGCCUGGCAGUGAAAGAGCACUUAAAUAAAGGAGAGCAGCCACAACAGAGGAGGAAAUCUAGCACACUUUAGCAUUAGAUGCUAUUGCCUCAUAAGCAUUUCUGCCCAUAAAUCUUAGGUUUCUUCUCUGUCCCACAGAUAAGAAAUUACGCAGUGUGCGAUACGUGUACUCUCUUCUCUUUAAUAUUACUGUCGCUGAAUUUCUACUAGGAGCCUUUGUUCUUGUGGGGUUUGAUGGUGACCGUUAUUCCCAAGGCAAGCCUAAUUCACAUUUAAAACAAUUACCUUUAAAGGAUCAAGGUAUAUUCAAUCCCUUACAUUUGCAUCCCUUUCACUUAUGUCUGGAGUGCUCCAUCAGCUUCAAUGAAAAUGUCACAUUUAGGUUAUUACAACUAUAAUUCUUCUAAUGACACAUCAGAAACCAGGUUUUAGUUUUCCUCCCUAAGGUACUGACUCUUUGAAUGAAAAGGUUUUUUUGUGUUUUUUUUUGAAAAUCAGGAUUUGCUCAGCCCUCCUGUUAUCUUCCUUUGAUGUUGUCCUCUGAAUCAAUUGCCUACUCACACACCCCAUUCUACUUAUUGCACUGCAAAUUGUUGUACCCAUCCUGCUAGGAAUUUGAGAUGCCCCGUGUUAGAUGAAGAACCAAAAACCUUGCAUAUUGGUGGUUACAAUUACAAAUAACAUUGAAACAGAUCUAGAAUGGAUUGAUUUCAGUGCCAUUGACUUCUGCCGAUAUGUACCGUAUUUUUUGCACCAUAACACUCACUUUUUUCCUCCUAGAAAGUAAGGGGAAAUGUCUGUGCAUGUUAUGGAGGGAAUGCCUACGGGUGGCAUGCCUACGGAUUUUCCUCCUCAAAAAACUACGUGCGUGUUUUGGUCGGGUGCGUGUUAUAGAGCGAAAAAUACGGUAAUUUCAAAUUACCGGUACAUACAGUAAAACUCGCUGUGAAAAGAGACUUAUGUUUCUUGAUUCCUUGCUGUGCAUGUUCCCAUGGACACACUUUUAAAUAGCAGGUAUCUUCUGCACAAGAUGUUGUCACCAGAUGAUACAGACUGUUUUAUUCUCUUACGGUUUUUAGUUUUAAUUGUAGAAUAUUUAGAGUGUGGACACAAUAGGGAGAAAGGUGCUGACUCCAUCCCCGCCUGCAACUUCCCUUGCUGUCUCAUUUUGUGAGAGUUUCCAGAAGUUUCUGAGAGCUUCUGGAUGGGGGGGAGAAAUGAUGGAAGGGUUAAGCUCCCUUGCUGUUGAUUGUUCUCUUCAAAUUGUCAGCUCUUGAUGCUGUUCUUCAACGAAGAAAUGGAUUGCAAUUUCUCAAAAGUGUAAUGCUGAGCUAAAGGGUAUGGUUUAGUCCACAGUAAGAGAGAUAAGCGGUCUUAAUAUAUAUAUAAAAACAAUCCCUGUGCAAGACACAGCACGGGCUACUCAUGCUUCCUUUAAAGGUUUCCCUUACCUUAGCCACUCACUUUAUCUUUCUGCUUUCAUACCCUGACACUUCAUUGCCUGUAGCAUUUGCUCCACCAGGUUUGCUACCGUCAGCAGUCUCAGGGUUUCUUGCUCUCUCAAGUGGUUUCUCUUGCUGUCCCAUUAUUCCUGGAAUAAUAUUCUAGUCUCCCUCCUACUCUAUCUAAGGCAGAAAUCCUAAACCCUUAUCUGGAUGCCUCCACCAGUGAAUUGGAUAGAGGGCUUUGCUUCUACGGAGGCCCCACUGCAGUUGCAGAGUAUGGUGGAAGGGAACAAAAUGGGGUGUUCUGUGUUUGUUUGUUUGUUUGUUUGUUUGUGUGUAUGUGUGUGGCCAAGUGGAGACAGCCAAGAAUCUACUGGCUAACACCCACAAAGGGGCAUGACUUGUACCUCUUGGUCUGGCCUAAAAGCUCAUGCAGCAAAAAGCACAUGGAUUUUACUCCCUUCUGUCCUGGCUGGUGUGAGGAGCAUAGGUUCAGCUGUGGUGGUGGCUCCACAACCUUUUUGUAUUCCACUUCUCUCCAACCAGUGUUAGGAUUUGUUAAUUGAGCAAAUACAAACGCUCGGGAGUUUUUGCUCUUCUGUUCGUGGAAAGAGUUCAGCUAAUUGAAGGGGUCUUUAAGCAAGCAAAACCUUUCUGUGUUUUAUAAUGGUUUAAUGCUCCUGUUGAUUUGGUGGAUCAGAAGUAUUAUUAUAAAUAAAAUAAAAACAUGGAAAGAUCAACUGAUCACAGAAUGGUGAUUUAGAAUACAAGUCAUAUUCUUCUCCUGUUUGUAUCAAAACUAGAGAAUAAGCUAGAUAACUUUUCAACUGCAAAUUGAACUUCUCACCAUUGGAAAAUUGGCAGAUUUAUUAAGAAACAUAAAUGUCCUUUUAUAGAAUAGCUUGUUUACUCAGAAACAAUAGCUAUGUUAAAACAGACAAUAAACAGUUCAUUAUUAGUUUGUUUCCAAGUUAUUGUUAGCAGCAGAUGUUUUGAAUAUUUAUAUUCAUGUCACAUUUGUAAAACCUUAUACAAUAGGAUUACUAGAAGAAAUGCAUCAUUUGAAUUUUACCAGUCUAUAAAAGUAAAGUUUUAGAGUUUGUCAUCAUUGGUCAGCACAAAAGCAGACAAAGCCACACCUAGCUUCUGUAUAUAUUUUUGAAUUGUGAAGGCAGAACAGACUGAGGUUUUAUUUUCAGUCUUGAUAUUGUGCUUCUGGCUCCUGUAGAACUUAUUUAACAAUCAUUUUUUGGGGUGAGACUUCAUCGUCCUUCUGUCUUUGUAGAAUGUGCCUCUUGUUUAAAAUAAACAGAUUAUUCAGCUGAAUGGUAUUUUGCAUGUCAUCAAAUCUGGUGUGCUAAAAGAUUAGCAGUUAUGUUGGCAAACUUCAAAUAUUGUGAAAUAUAUGAGUGGAUAAAAAUACAAUUGUUCAUUGCAUCACUUGAGAACAGGACAAGAAGCAGUAGGCUUAAUUUACAGGAAGUUACAUUUUGGGUAAUUUUAAAAAAUACUUUUCAAGAGCAGUUAAGCAGUGAAAUAAGCUGCUUAGUGGGGUUAUAGAAUUUUCUUCCUUGCAGAUUUUCAAAAAAAUGUUGGACAGACACUUGUUUGGAUUUGUAGUGUAACAAAUACUGCCAAAUGGGACUUCAUAUUUGGUCAGAUGGGCUGCCAAAGAUCUUGAACUGAAACAUAAAACACAACUUUGCUGUCAGAAUAAUUUGGCAUGUUUAAAUUACAAAUUGCAUCUUUCAGCAAAGCUUGAAUAUUAAAUCCCACCUUUCAGCAUCUUGCUGUAAUAUAUAAAAUUGGCAGAAUGAGGCAGGCAUUUUUAGUGAAAAGAAACCUUUUACAGUACAUGCCUUGGGCUAUUUAUUGCCCUUUUUUUUUGGUAAAAAUUGGCAUUAUCCCUGGAAGGCAACACUGUCACUGGUGCAACAAGUUCUGGUGCAUUGGUGAAAUGUACUUCUUUUGACCUGCUCAUGUAUAACUCCCAUAAAAAGUAUAAUAUCAGAAGAGGAAGUUGAUGAACAGGAGGACUAUUGGCGAUCUGAAGUUCGAACAGAGCAAUAGAUCUAGAAGAUUGCAUAUUGUUGUAUUUCUCCACCCUUCUUGGGUUGUACUUAUCAAUCAUUAUUAUUUCAGUCAUAACUGGGUCCAUUUUCAACUUGCUAGCCUUCUGAUUGUCCAUGAUAGCCCAUUAUUGUCCAAGAUGGUAGAUGUUGGUUUACAUAUAGAAGUUGUUUAGAUUGUUACAACAACCCAAGUCCUUUACAGCCUAACAUAUCCACCAGUGGGAGUUUUCUUGCUAGAACACGUGACAGUAUAUGAAAAUAUUCUACAUUGCAUGAUGUUAUAUCUCAAACUUGGAAUAAGGGGAAUCCUAUAUUAAGGACCAGGAAAAACCUAGGCAAGAAGAUAUAUCAUUACAAGAUGUUUGAAGCAACUGGUGGAUGUAUGGAAGAGGGAAGGGCAUUCUAAGGUUCACAGGCAGUGGCAGAAAAUGCCUUUUUGGGGGUCACUGCCCCGGUGAUAUUCAGUAAUCCUUAACUACUAUCUGUCUCCUGAAGGGUAGCUGGGUUAGUUUGUUUUAGCAAAACAACAAACAGUUCUGUGGCACCUUAAAGUAUGGUUACCAGACGUCCCCUUUUCCAAGGGACAGCCCCCGGAUUUACAAAUCUGUCCCCGCACAAAAUCUGUCCCUGGAAUGUUCCCAGAUUUCAUUUAAUGUCCCCAGAUUUAUAUUUUAAGUGUUGCAGAUUUAUUAGUAGCGAAUGAAUAUUGCGUGAUUGAUUCAAUGGCACAAGACACAUCAUAUGGGGACUUCCGGCGAGAUAAAAUGGCGGGUGCCACGGCAGUGGGCAGCUCCUGAAGCCAGCCAGAGCCAACUGUGCUACCAGGCUGGCUCCGGGCUACUGAGACUGCUGCCGCCGCUGCCACUACCAAGGGGGAAUCAGGGACGCCUGGCGCAUCAGCUGGGGGAACCAGGAGCGAACCAGAAAUUGAACCAGGGGCGAGAACACCCGGCUGACUGCCCAGCGGUGCUCCGGGGCCAGGAAAACCCUGGAGCUGACGCAGGGAGAAGGAAGAGAGGAGAAGGAGAAGAGAGAAAGAGGAAGGAGAAGAAAGAGGGGAGCCCUGACCUUGCUGCGCCGCUGCCGCUGCUGAGGAAAAGAGGUAGGAGAGCACCGGGAGGGCAAGGACACAUGCCAAGCCCAGACUCUACCUGAGUCUACUCCACAGCAGCUAGCGCUCCAAAAGAGCAGGCCGGGGCCCAGAGGAAGGCCGCACGACAGAGGAGACCACAGAAGAUAUUUCUUAUUUUUUUAAAAAAAUAACUUUUUAAAAAUAACUUUUUUCCCUCUUUUUUUUAAAAAAAUGUGUCCCUGGAUUCAUUGAAAAAAAAUCUGGUAACCUUACUUUAAAGACUUUAUUAUCCCUUUGGGCACACAUUUUAUUAUGCCGUAAUAAAUUUGUUAGGGUUAUGGGGAUAUCCAGUUAGUGCCUCCUAACACCCAGUCUUUGAUGUUUUGCCAAUUCCCGCUCCCGCAGAUUUGCAGUGUGUUGGUGCUGCUGGGCAGGGGUAAAUGGCAAAUAUUGCCUUCCUCUUCCAUGAGCAGAUGGAUCAAAAGUCUUUGCCCUUGUGCAAGGGCAGCAGUUGGAUAUAGUCCUUAGUGUUUGAGGUGUCACAAUAUUUUAUUUUUAUAUCAGUAGCUUACCUAACCACUACACUUCCCUGUAUACAAGCAUGCUAGUUUCCCUAACAGCCUUAGCAAAGAUUACUUGUUGGAAAGUAAACACUGUUUCUUAUUUCCUCAGACAUCUAAUAUAAUAAAGGUUGCAUUCAAAGCAAGUAUACUUCUAGAGUCUGUCACUGUGUGACAGAAGAGAUUUUCUUAAGCUAGGAGGCAGGAGAAAGAAGACAGAGGCAUGAUAUAGAACCCAGUGCAGGAACAAAUGCAGAAAAUGUGUAAUGACCAGCACACAUCAUCCACAAUGGAGACAGAAAGAAAUAUUGCUAUGCUGGAUAGAUCAGAAGACAGCAUGCCAUUUAGAACAGGAUUUCAAAAAUGUGGAUCUACAUGAACAAAUGGCAAAAGUAGUCCUGAGUUUUGUUCUGCAGAAAGUGGCAGUUGCGAGUACAGUUUUUGUGUGUGGCUCAAAGCUUUUUUUUUAAAAAAUCAGCAAAUCCAUUCAGUGACAGCACAGUCUGCAGACGUAAUCUGUUCUCAGUGUGUCUUCCAUCACCUCAGUGCCAUAUUCUGAUAUCCCUGAGAAUUAGUAUUAUUUCCUAGUUUAAGAUAAAUAGUUUAGUCCUCAAUAGCAAUGGAGAAAAAUCUGUAGUGUCAUCUCAAAGCACACAAGGCAAGCUGGCUGCACCUAUAAUUGAGCUGAGCUGUAAGCCUCUUAAACGACUCUGAACACUCUUGGCAUACUAUACAUUGUUGGUGUGGCUGAGGAACAGAUCAGCAGAAAGGGGCAUCUGUAUGCUGCUAUUUGCCCUUUGUCCUCAAAUCAGUGGGUUAACGUAGAAUAAUACCUGGUUUCUCUGCUUGCUCACCUUACAGAAGGCUUCAAAUGUUGAAACUUGAGGAGUUUCAUCCAACUACGUUGUUUACUCCAACUUCAUGAAGCCCUGGGCUUGUAUUGAAUUAUAAUUGGAUUACCUGUUACAUGCAGUGUGUUAUUAAAUAUUAAAAUGAAGGAAUUAUUAAGAUUGUAAUGCAUGGGUUUCCUCUGGCAACUUGUGCAUGGAACCAACAUGAGUACAACCCAGUCUGCUCUAUUUAGCAAGUAUCUAUAACCUUCAAAAGCUCAUCUAACUAAAAUGCGCCCGGAUUUUCACACACAUACAUAACUCGUGAGAGUGUUGAAUAUUUCUAUUACAGCCAAACAGGGGUCUCAGCAGAAUUUUAUAGGCCCAGUACGCAGUAUAUUGCUUGGGCUCUCUUCUACGCUCACAGAAGAAGACACCAAGUUGCUUAAAAUUUGCAUACUCUUUGUGAUAUGCACAUUUGUGCCAUGUCUUGCAGGUGGCAGAGAGGGCUCAGAAGUAAACAGGGACCACACACAAGUAAUAAUAUGAUGAUAGACACAAAAUGCCUACAGAUAAAGCUUUCCCCCUAACUGUAUUUCCAUUCUAGAAAUGCCUUACCCUGUUUAAUUUCUGACUGUUGUGGGGCUGUUAAAGAUUCAGGAGCUCUGCUCUCCCCUAAUACUAACCUUAAGCCAUGCAAACGAAACAUUUGUGGAACUUGAUAAUAAUUUUUAUAUAAGUGAACAUCUGUAACUGUAUAAAUGUAAUGUAACAUUGACAGACAAAAUGAGUUGAUGAAGCGUUAGAUAUGAAAACACAUGCAAAACUAGGAAAGCAGGCAUCCCCCUCCCACCAUGCUUGAUAGUUAGAUUCUACUCCAGAUAUUUAACAGCAAAAGACAACCACAGAUCAGUUUGCCAGGGCUGAUAAACAACAAAAAUACUCUAUUUGCAGUUUCACAUUUUGAACUUAUGUACUCAUCAUUGUUUUGCUCACUUAUUGCCUUGGAUCAAUUGCUAAUUCUCAGCUGCAAAAGGAGACUUUAUGUUGUAGAUGUCAAAUUUGGCAUCUUUGUACUAUAAUGGGCCAUGUUUUGGGGUUCUUCUUUGCAAAUUAGUAUAGCUCCAAGACUUCAACCAAUCUUAAUUUGGCCUGAUUACUGCACUCCUGUACCUACUUUAAUUUAGGUUGGAAUAAGCUCCAUUAAGCAUAAAGUUACUCACUUCUAAAUAUACAUGUAUAUCAUUCUAAUAUAAGUUAAUGAGGCAGUGAAUUCUUAAAAAAACGAAACGAAAGUUCAGAAUCCAGUUGCUCUGCUUUAUGCUGGCCCACUACCCUUUGUACCAAUUUCUCUUCUACCCUGGAGCCAAAAUUGUCCUAUCCAGCAUAUAGGCUUCUGAUAACUCUUUAAAAUAUUGGCAACAUAAAUGAUCUAUGAUGGCAACUAUUUCUUAAUGACAAUUCUAUUAAGAUACACUCAUAUGGUUCCCUAUGCAAAAUGGUUCUAUAUCAUAAUAGAAAAAUGAGAACCUGUCUUCUCCAAGGUGAGAAUUGCAUUAUAGAAAGAUAUUGUAUUGAAAGUAUUAAAAAAAAAAAAAAGUUUCAGUAGAGGGGUAAAUGACCUGGAAAGAAAACAAGUGAUAGGGGUUUAUCAGUUCAGUUUCUACAACAUCCGGGCUUUAAGGGGCAAGCAUUCAAUGAGGAGAAUGCCAGACAUUUCUGUGUCUGGAAAGCCUAUGAGUGUAUAUUAACAGCAUCUCUCCAUUAAAUUAAUCCACUCGGUUUUUAACAACUGGUUUGCAGUAGAACCUCAGCAUGCGCAGGUACCCAUUUAUAUAAACAACAUCACAUCAAGGGAACUCACUGACAAUGGAUAUAACCAAUGGCGAUUCCUACAAUCAGAAUGGAUAGGUAAUUGCAGAAAUGGCUUGCUACACCAUCUGUGGCCAGCUAGUCAGUCAUGCAAGUGCAUGCUUAUGGACAGUAGAUUGGUUACACAGAGACCAGAAUGUUUUCUAUAAACUGUAUUCAAGUGACAGAGGCAAAAGAGGAACUUGUAACUGGUUGAGUUAGUGCAGUGAUGAAGCAUAGCAUAGCCACUACUUCAGCAUCCUCCAGUGAUUGGUAGUCCCAGACCCACAUGAAAAAGAACAACCAACUUCUAAGGACAUUUUUGUCCCCCUCUUGAGCUGCAUUGGACAUGUUGAAAGGGAGGAAUCUGAAGCGGACUGAUAGUGUUGAAUGCUACACAUUAAUAUUAUACUACAGUUCAGGACAGGAAAUGGAGAAUACCGAUAGUGUCCUGUUACAAGCAGAAGAGAAAUUUGAGCAGGGCUUUAGGAUGUCAAAGAGUUCACAGCAACUUCAUUCACUUUUAAUUCGGAAUCACAGGUUCAGCACCUACUAACAGGUAAUGCAUUCUGAUCAUCCUGAUAUGAAAAAAUAAAAACUUCCUACAGCAUUCUUUAAAGGGAGCAAUAAUUUGAUAUAAGGACCAGCUAGAUACAUAGCCUAACACUGUAAAACCUUUGUUUUACACUUCCAGAAAUAAUUCGGCUGCAUCAAAUAGCAUGUUAUCAUUUCUAUAGCACAUUUAAUGUGCAAAUUAUAAAUUAUAUCUUCAUUUGUUCUGUCUGUGGUGUUCUGGUUUUUGGGUGCUCUGUACUUACAACGUAGAAAACCAAAAUCUCAUGUAAUUUGCUACAUUUCAUCUUCAGUUCAUGUAAGAUUGAUUUAUUCAAACAUAUAUUCCUACAUUUGAAACCCUUUACAUAAUUCCAUAGAAAAUGAGGGAUAUGUUGAGUUUUUACUCACGCAAAAUGUAGAUGAGAAACAUCAAGCAAUUUAAGUCAGGAAACUUGUUAGACAGGUAUUUCAUUGAAGGAGAACUUGGUAGAUAUGAGACAGCUUCGAAGUCUAUAUAGAAAGGAACGUGAAAAGGUUUCUUGUUAUAAAACCUCAUGACUGAGCAGUAUGAAAAGUCAUGAAAUGUCUUGUAGUUUAAAUGAAAUGAGAACUUUGAACCAGGUAACAAGGAUCCAAGUGUGAACAUUAGCCUAAAACUUCAUUUUCAUCUGUCCUUUUUCCUACCCAGAACCUGCCGUGAGAACAAUGUGUACAAAAUGUAAUUAUAGUGAAACCUCUUUCCUCCCCACAAGCCAAUCUUCUUGUGGUUCAUGCAUUUUAUCCCAAUUAGAAAAACAGCUCUGGAGAGUUGGCACUGGGCAGGAUGUCAUGUGCCAAGGGUGUUUUAGAAUAUGGAAGACAUGUUCAGAAUAAAGAAGCAUUUAGAUUAGAUAAGCUUGCCUAGGAGAGGUUAUAUGAUAUGUCUGUGGUAACAAUAUGGACAUUCAAACUGAUGCUUUUGCAUUGAUCAGGAUUCCUGAAGGUGAGUCCUAGCACAAUGUUUUGUUUUUUGAUUAAUGCAUAUCUGUGGUACAUCUUUAGUGUUUUUAACUGUUUAAAAAUAUUGUGGCCCUAUGCCUCACUCUUAUUUUAUAUAUCCAAGUUGUAUCAUGUUGUGAUUUGCAAGUCAUUAGAGAUAAGCACAGUACUGUUUAGGAAAGGCCCAGAAUCGCCAGGUGAAUGUAUCUGAAUGACUCAGAUACAUAUUUAUGAGUAUCCAUUUCUCUCAUCAAGAUUCCUUGUAUCUAGUUUAAGACAUCUUGAUAUGAGUACUAUCAUCUUAAAAUAACUGAUGUUUGAAUGGAAAUCUCAGGGAAUCUUAUCUAGAAUAAGUAGGCAUGGAAUAUUUGGAUAGGACUUCUGGUGUGUGGCUUUUUGGCCUUUGUCUUGUAAGUUAUUUCCAUGUUAUUUAUUUCUGUGACCCUUUAGUUACCACAGAAUGAGAUAACAGUAUUGCUGCCUUACAAAGUAGUUCAUUAACAUUCCCAACAAUGGGUAACUGAGGUUGAAGGUGGACUGGGGUUAGUCAAUUUCCCUUUUUGCUGCACGAGCUGCACCCUAAUUUGGGAUCCUGACAGAAACAAAUUGGUUUGGAUCCAGACCAUCCAUUGCUAGCCCUGCUCCACCCCUGAAACAAUUUGUUUUGGUGCCCUAUUGGGAAUGCAAGAAGGUUGUGUUGUUUCCAUUCCACUGCAAUUUGGUUUCUGCCAAGAACUCCAUUAUUCGUCUUGUUCUCUGCUAUUUAAUGGAAGUUACAUAAGUUAUGUAACUAUUUACAUAACUAACUUUGAUUUCAAAAAAGCACAAAUAAAGCUCAUUAAUGAUACAUCAUCCGCAGACAUAAAAACAACAACAGUAUGAUGUGAACAUAUACCCCAUAAUGUUUGCUUUGCUGAUUUCCGUUCCUGACCUCAGGUGAACAUGCAAACUGCAGCUUCCUUUUCCAUUUUCUUUGGAAUACUCUGACAUCCCUCAGCCCUGGUCAGGCUAUCACCAGUGGUUUUCCCACCUGUGGUAGCUUGACAACAAUCUGCGCCUUCUGUCCUGGUAGAGACCUACCUUCAGCAGAGCACGGUUGAGAGAAACCUCCGCUUAAUUGUUGAUCCCACCUAUGUAAGGCACCCAUAUUCACACUAAUAGAGGGAACUUGCACAUUGUAUCUGGACUAUUAAGAAAAAUGAUGGAGUUCUUUUUCUAAUAAAAUAUAAAUGGCUUUAUUCUCAUGAAUCAUAUUCUCUACCAAGCUUAACGAUAUUAAAAUUUUAAUUUUCUUUACCGAACAGUUAAAUAACUCUUUUCCUUGAGUAAUUUUCAAGAUUAAAUUUUAAUGUAUGUUGUAUGAACUUGGUCCAUUUAUUUCCAUGCAACUUUUAAAACUAAGUCCUUGGUCUUACUAAGAUGGAAAGCACAACUCUACCACUUCCUAUUGCAGUUGGGGUUCACAUGAUUCAAUUCUCCAUUAUUAUUUUAUUAUUAUUAUUAUUAUUAUUAUUAAAAAAACACCUCUUUAGACAUAGGUAACAAACUGCCAGAGGUAAGAGACAUCGUCUUCCACCCGAUAUGCAAAGGAUGUUCUCUCACAUCCCUCCAUCCACUACAAGAGCACCAUGCAAGAACUGAUGGCUAGCCUAUGGUUAUUUGUUAUACUGAUGAAUUUUUCAAUUAUAGAUAGGGAGAUUUGUCUAGGUGGCAGGAGCAAAGACAGUGAGUGUGAUCUUGCUCCCUACUCUGCACACAUUUAUUCUAAUAAAAAUUUUCACAAUGAGGGAAAUUCUGAUAUGGGGACAUUUUCAAACACAUACUUUCUGAAGAUAACAGUCAUGUGAGAAGCUGUAGUAUCCUUCCAGUUUAAUGGUGGGAUUGUCUACUAAGAAGCCUGAAAAGGUGAGCAAGAUUAUUGGUGGCAGAAGUACACAUCAUGUAUUGGAGUCAUACCCAACAGCAACCAGUUAGCUAUAAUUCCAUAGAAACACAAUAGUGAUAACUUGAGCCAUGCUUCUGUUGGGAUUUUUCUAAUCCAUAAUGCUUCUGGGCCAUGGGGAUAUUCAUGUAAAAAUGCUCACAGUUUACGAAAAUAUUUGCUGUACAUUUAUUUAUUUUUUUCAUAUGGCUGGAAUCCGACAUAGCACUAAGUGAAUGUUCCAUCAGCGCAAGGAUUUUGUUUGCAACACAAUAUGUUCUUCCCAUCUCAUCUCUCCAUUCCUUCCCCAGAUCUGUUCUGGGCAUUCUCACAACCCUCUGGAGUAGAUUUUGGGGGGUUGUGGAGCACAUGGAGGAGGAGAGGGAGCAAAGUCUCAUUGUGCAAGCAGAAAACCUUGUGCUGAUGGGACAGGUUAGUUGUAUACUGCCCUAUAUACUGCUUAAACUAAGACAGGCUCUAAGCGGUUUUCAAAAUAAGAAAUAUCAUACAGUAUGUUUGUAUUAUUGUCAGGGACUGUGCAGAGGAGGAAUGGUGGAGACCGCCUCCCCAGCCUGACCCUUCCAGAGUAGGGGAAGACAGUUUAGAUUUACAACAGGGGUUUGAGAGAGGUCACAGUUCAGAGGCAGAUGAGGGGAAAUAAUAGGAGAGGAGGAAGAAGAGGAAGCACCAGGGGGGCAACAGCUGAUGGAUGCAGUGUCUUCAGAAAGCGUUCCAGAACCCAGCGAGCCUUGAAAGUAGGAGAGCAAAAAGCUCAAAGACAGAGGGCAUGUAGCAGCACCCAUAGAGAAGGUGAUGAGGAUGAUGAAUGAGGAAGUGGGAGAGGCAGGGGGUGGGGGUGGAGAUUCACUCGGGACAAUGCCAUUUUCCAAGAGGCUGGGUUCUACAGCCCCUCUCUAUAAAUACUGAAUAAAAAGUGGACGGUAAGAACAUUCCUUGUCUUUGUACGUUCCUGGGCAACCAGCCCUGGGAGUCUCUGGCAGCAGCCUGACAAUUAUAUUUCUAAAACAAACCAUAAAAACUCCAAUAGAGUACAAAACAGAAAUGCAGUUCAGUAUAAAACAGUACGAUUGCCCUUCAAAAUCAAAAACAUAGCAGCGGAUUUUGAAAAUAUUGUAAGAGCCAGGGAUCCCUUCCAUCUUCAGCCUGACUCAAGAUAUGCAACACUCACCCCACUAACAUUUCACACCUAAAUUCUGUCUUACAUCUACACUCAUCCAACUUUCUCAGCCAACGCCGUUCACUCCAUUAUUCUCCCAUACAUCUACCAAUACAUAUGGGUUCACCACCCAACCAGUCACUCCAAUAUCUCCCUCAUAACUAACCUGUUUUUAAUUGUUCACCUUAUUCACUGUUCAUUUGUGGUGAGGAACUAACGAUUAGGCCAGCUAUUUACAAAGCAGUAAGGUAAAUGUGUCUUAAGUUUAUCUGUUAUUAGCGUUUGAGUGACUAACGUAAGGAACUUCGUUACACCAACAACAUAUAUACAGAUUUCAUUUCAACAUUAGAUAGAGCUGUGUGUGAGAGAGAGAUUCUGAAUAAUGCCUGAAGUAAAAAAAUAAGGAAGAAAACAUCACAAGUUUAAUGUUUUCAAAUGAAUUAUUUUUUCAGAAUAUGACUCAUGUUCUUUAUACAUCUCUUCAAAUAUUUCGCUAAAGUCAGUCUUCUGCAAUUCUCUUUCAGCUGUUCAUGGUGGACAAUGGAGCAGAUGACUGGAGAAUAGCCAUGACUUAUGAGCGCAUUUUCUUCAUCUGCCUGGAAAUCUUGGUGUGUGCUAUACAUCCUAUCCCUGGCAACUAUACAUUCACAUGGACAGCUCGGCUUGCCUUUUCCUAUACGCCAUCUACAACAAUAGCUGAUGUGGAUAUAAUUUUAUCCAUACCAAUGUUCUUAAGACUAUAUCUUAUUGCCAGAGUUAUGCUUUUGCAUAGCAAACUUUUCACUGAUGCCUCAUCCAGAAGCAUUGGAGCACUAAAUAAGAUAAACUUCAAUACUCGUUUUGUUAUGAAGACUUUAAUGACAAUAUGUCCGGGAACUGUACUCUUGGUUUUUAGUAUCUCCUUGUGGAUAAUUGCUGCAUGGACUGUCAGAGCUUGCGAAAGGUAAGUCUCCAUUUUAUUAAGAUGUGCCAAGAUUCUUCAGGGGGAAGCCAUGUGUUUUAAAUGUAUGGUGUGGAUGUGACCUUUAUUAAUGCAGCUCCCCCCCCCCCAGGAAUGUUAGUUGUUUUGUGCUUUAUGUCACUUCUGUUCCCUAUAAUUGCUAGCUCCUUGCCUUUGAAGAAUUUUAAGGAGAUUAUUAAAUUGUAUCAUUACUUUGCUAUAGCAUCACAGGAUGCUGAGUGAUAUUUAUUUUGCUUUCACCUAAACUGGUAUUUAAGUCAUCAGAAUAUGCCUGUGGUUUAUUUUUGGCUUACCUAGAACAUUUAAGAAACUGGCUGGGAACUAUUAAGAGUACAAUAUGUGUGUGUUUACACAGAAGUCAGUUCCACUGAUGGUCUUCUGUUGGGCUUUCUUCCUGGGCAAGUGUGCAUAGGAUUGCAGCCUUAAUCUAUUUUGUCAUUAUCAUUCCAGUUUAUAUCUCAGGUAUUUUAAUUAUGUUGUGAUGUGGUUAUUAAUGUGAUGAUUCACAUUUAAAACUGGGGAAGGAUACAGGAGAACUGGGGCAUCACAGAUGUUGGUGAACAUGAUCCUCGUGUAGUUAAUAGGCCUAAUGUCACUGGCCUUGGUUGAAUGUAACACUAAUGAGGGAAACAAACCAUGGUUUACUGGGAACCAGGCAGGUCUGCUGGUUCAUGCUACUCAAAUCGCACCAGUGGUUAUGUGUGAGCCAUCACUUGUGGUUUGUUUCAGGGAAAAGAACUAUGAGAACAAGCCAACAAUGCACUGUUUAUAGUGCAGUCCUGGACACAGCAUUUAUAGGAUUGCACUGUAAAUGUGUUUUUAUACAGUAUUAUGUAAGCUGAACGUUGGAGUGGUGAUGUACAUAUAUCCAGAUGUUCUUACCUUGCAACUUUGCUGGGAAUGGGAGAGGGCUUGGACUAUUGCUUCACAUCCACCCAGUAAUUCUAUGAAUUCCAGCAUUCUUCUUAAUAAAAAUAAUUAAUGUAGCUUAUUAUAACUGAAACAGUCCUUGCGAGGAGGGGUGUCAGGGGCUGAACUGAGGAGGAAUGGUGGGGUCUGCCCCCCACCUUCUCCUGAACCUUCCUGAGAAGAGGAGGACAGUAUAGAUUUCGAACAGCGGUUUGCAGAAGGGCAUAGUUCAGAGGCUGCCGGGGGCAGAAGCUGGGAAAUACUGGAAGAGGAACAACAGGAAGAAGAAGAAGCACCAGGGGAGAGACAGCUGACAGACUCAGUGUCCUUGGAAAGCAUUCCUGACCCCCUCUGUCCCAGGACCUGGCGGGCAUUAAGGGUGAUAGAACAGAAAGCUCAGCUUAUCCGCCGCAUGGAUGACAUAGAAUAGGAGAGAUGGAAGGGGUGGAACCUUACUCAGAGCAAUGCCAUUAUCUAGGGGAGACUGCUUUCCUUCGUCUCUCUCUGUGCAUAGUGAAUAAAUAAUUUGAUAAGAAAUUCUUCUUGUUUAUUUGCUUCUUGGCUGCCACCGUGGGAGGGAGCGGAUUCCUUGAAGCCUGACAGGGGAGGACUAAGCUCCCAUGUUCCAAAGAGGAAUUGCAUAAUGGGUGUGGUGGAUUUCUCAUUGUAAAUAUUAUGAAUAUUUCUCAUAUGUAUAUAUAUAAAAAUCUUAAAUGCUACUUUUAAAAAACAUGAUACUUGUUUCCUCGGAUUAAUUGGAGCUGCACGCCCAAUUUCCUGCACACCAUGCUGCAAAUGUUCCCCUAAAGCUGUAAGCCUCACCAAAAAAAAAAAAAAAAAAAAAAAGCUGUGCUGAAUCGCUGUCAUUUGCUUUGGCUUCAAGUUACUUAUUAGCCAAGUUUUAAAAUAUAGUAAAAUUAAAUAGGAAACCUUUACAGGAGAGAAGAUUGGGCUUGCCUGUAAUCAAAAUAUUUCUUAAUGUUUUACUAGAAGCAAAUGGGAAAACAUGCCCAUUUCAUUCCUCUCUUUCCCCUGCUGAAAAAGGCUUCCAAUACAGGAAGAGAAAAGGUUAACAGGAACAGGUCAGACAGGAAUACGUGUGGGAAUGACACUGGUCAGCAGGCCAGUUGGCUGUUAAUUGAUUUGGCUCACAAAGGGUGAUUGCCGGAUACUGUUAAGGCUCAAACAAAAGAUAAUUAUCUUUUUAUUUCGGUUACCAAAGGUUAAGGAGAAUGUAAAGUUGUGUUGAAAAUGUCACUGGAGUGUUGUGACCCAGUUACCAUGGUUACAAUGCUCAUGCGGCUUUGGUUGGCCCUCAUGCAUGUUCACUUCAUCAAAUCUGGCCCUCUUUGAAAAAAGUUUGAGCACCCCUGAAAUACACUAUUUCCUCCCUACAAGAGGACUCUAUGUAACAACUUCCAAUUUUGCAUUGGAAAGUUUAAACAAACUACUUGUGCCAUCAUGUAUAUGUUACAAGUUGAUUCCCCACUUAUCAGUAAAAGUUCUCUUAACGCCAAAUCCUUCCAUCUUGAACCUGAGGCCUUCUGCAUGUAAUGCAGUGGCUGGGCCAUUGAUCCUUCCUUGAAGUUCCGGAAGCUAUCAUCAUCAUGUACUCCAGGAAAUUCAUAUGGACCUCUCUCUGUUGGUCAUUUGGAAAACUCUAAAGGCAUUUUCUUUUUUUAAAACCCCAGUUUCCACUUGGGUUUUUUUGUGAUUGAUUGUUAUAUUUAAGAACAGUUUUAUCUGUUAGUGUUCUUUUAAUGUUAUUUAUUUUUUACUACCCUUUUAUAUUUUUAAUUUUAGGGUUGUAUCCAAUGGGAUUUCUCUAUUUUCUCCUUUCACCACCCCAAAAUCUGCUCUGGGGGUGGGGUUCCCCAACCUUCUAGGGCAGAUUUUGAGGAGGAGGUGGCUACAGGGGAGAAAUGGGUGGACGCUCCAUCGACCAGAGCAAGAUGGCACCAAGGAAUACAACCCCUUAACGUUGCUUCCAUUUGUUGUAACUUGCCUUGCUAAAAAAGAUGGGCUAGAAAUACAUUAUUUAUUUACUUAUCCAUUAUUAAUAUAUUAGCUCCGUAAAGUACCGAAUAUUUUAUUUGUGUUGCAGUGGAUGAAACACACGCGUCCUUCCUUGCAGAAUUGCAACUUCUAUAAAACAACAGCAGGACACUAAAGGAGAGCGAGUUGGAGGGCAAAAUGCUAACUUUGCAUUAAAAUCAUAGAAAGAGAAUGCAGAAAAAUACUGAGUUGAAACCAUAACCUGCCCAACCUUUGUGAAAUCAUUGAAACUGAAAUAUUACUCAUGAACAGAUUUCUUCUUCAGUGAUGUAAAAGUAGUCAUAAAAAAUUAAUUAACAAUGGUGAUCAAGGACUGCCCAUUAUCACUUUGAUUUGUUAGCAUACCAAUGCAGGGAUCGGUCAAAUAAUUUAUUGUCGUUCCAUCUUUCCUGCCAGAUGCUGAAAUGUCAAUGUUAAUUGGCUGAAAGCCUAAUUUGUAUUGCUGUUUAAAUGUUUGCACUUCAAAAAAGGUGUUCAUAAUUAAGGAUGGGUACAAGUAUUUUUAAAACAAUAUUUUAUAUCUAAGUAGUGGGGGGAAAGAAAACAUACAGUAACGAUCAAAGACAUUGGCACACAAAACAACAGCAAAGUAGAAAUAGAAACUCAUUAGUGAAGCUCUGCCCUUGAAUAAACACAGAAUUAAGUGUUCUCAGUCCCACUGAUAUCAAUGGACUUAAACAUUCUUAGCUCUGUAUUGGAUUCUGAACUGGAAAAGAAAUAAACUGAUAGUACAGAUCUUGAAUUAAAUUCUUAAAAAACAACAACAUACUAAUUCUAGGCCCUGAGAAGUUCGUCUUUUUUAUGUGGUUGGCUGUGUAUUGUUUUUGUGUGCAGUGUGUCUCCAUCAAGUCUUUAAGGCAUUUGGGUUUUGCAACUUUCAUUAAUGCAAAGAGUUUUACACUUGCUCGUCAUGUUCUGCAAAUGAACCUGUCACUGAGCCGCAGAACUUCAAAAGUGAGCAAGUAACAAUAUUGUAAAAUACUGAACUCGUGACUGGCACGCACUUGCUCCAGCAAAUGUUUAUGCACAUUUUUAAAACACACACGCACAUAUCUGUUUAUGACUUAAGAUUGUAUUGCCUCAGCUUCCUGGAAUCAGUUGUUGUAGCCACGGUGCAUCCACCCAAGAUGAUCUGCAGCAUAGCAGAACAACGGAUGGAAAUGAAACACUGGAUCUAAGUGAAGUUGAUAGUUGGUGCAAUUGCUUCUCUUCCUUCUGCACCCUGACAGCAGUGGUGUUGAUACAGCAUCUUUGUGGGCCACAGUCUACCACAUUUUAAUGCUCCUCAUCUUGGUAUCACUUUGAUGCUGUAGGGAGAAGGGUCCUCUAAAAGGAAGCACAGCAGCCAUGGCUUAGUAUUUUCAACCAAAAUUUUACAUCAGCCUGAAGUUAUGCAGGCAUCUAAAGAUAGCAAUUCAUUGGCCUGGCACAGUCAUACCAGAUAUGAUGGAAUCAUUAGGGGUGGAAGUAUCUGUCAAUUGCAGUUUCUUCGGGGCUUUUUUGUUUUGUUUUCCCAAUGUUAAAUUUAGUUCUCCACAUCUCCAGCAAAUGUUUAUGCACAUUUUUAAAACACACACGCACAUAUCUGUUUAUGACUUAAGAUUGUAUUGCCUCAGCUUCCUGGAAUCAGUUGUUGUAGCCACGGUGCAUCCACCCAAGAUGAUCUGCAGCAUAGCAGAACAACGGAUGGAAAUGAAACACUGGAUCUAAGUGAAGUUGAUAGUUGGUGCAAUUGCUUCUCUUCCUUCUGCACCCUGACAGCAGUGGUGUUGAUACAGCAUCUUUGUGGGCCACAGUCUACCACAUUUUAAUGCUCCUCAUCUUGGUAUCACUUUGAUGCUGUAGGGAGAAGGGUCCUCUAAAAGGAAGCACAGCAGCCAUGGCUUAGUAUUUUCAACCAAAAUUUUACAUCAGCCUGAAGUUAUGCAGGCAUCUAAAGAUAGCAAUUCAUUGGCCUGGCACAGUCAUACCAGAUAUGAUGGAAUCAUUAGGGGUGGAAGUAUCUGUCAAUUGCAGUUUCUUCGGGGCUUUUUUGUUUUGUUUUCCCAAUGUUAAAUUUAGUUCUCCACAUUUUGCCGCAAUUUACAAUUUCCCCCUUUGUAAUAUAAGCCUCAAGAAAACUCAGUGUCAUCUUGGCAUCCAUUUUUUCCGAAUAUACACAUUUUAUACGCACUUUUGACUAACAUACACAUAUUUGUAACACAUUUCCCCAUUUAUAAUACAUUUCUGUGUUAUUUUCACUAAUACCUUCAUUUUAAUGCACACUUUCCUCCCUAAUAUGUGCGUUUUUUAUAAACAUUGGUAGGAGAACUUCAUUGCAAAAUUCAGAUAUGUUCAAAUUCUGAAAGAUAACUUUGUUGUGGUUUGGAUAUUGUUUUGGGAGUGCAAAUUUGCAGAUUAGGUUUUGAAUGCACACUGAAUCCGUUUUUUUCUUCCAUCCCUGGGGCCAGCUGUGUUUGUUCUUGACAUGUCUCAUUCCAAAACAGGUCGGGGUGAGAUUACUGUCUACCUUUCAGAAGUCCCAUAGCUUAGUGGUAGAGCAUCUUCUUUGCAUGCAGAAGGUCCCAGGUUCAAACCCCAGCAACUCGAGGAAGGUUUGGGACUGUCCACAGCCUGAAACCCUGGAGAGCCACCAGUCAACCCUAAUCAGUAUAGACAAUAAUGAGCUAGAUAGGCCAAUGAUCUGACUUGGUACUGAGCUUUGUAUGUUCCUAUGAGAAUACAGGUAAUAAUAACUGACUCUUUACCCUACCUCACCUUCUCCAUCAUUUCAGGCUUUUUUGUCCCAACCUAACUAUUGGGUGGGAUGCGGGUUGUGCUGUGGGUUAAACCACAGAGCCUAGCACUUCCCAAUCAGAAGGUCGGUGGUUCGAAUCCCCGUAACAGAGUGAGCUCCCGUUGCUCGGUCCCUGCUCCUGCCAACCUAGCAGUUUGAAAGCACGUCAAAGUGCAAGUAGAUAAAUAGGUACCACUCCAGCGGGAAGGUAAACGGCAUUUCCAUGCGCUGCUCUGGUUCGCCAGAAGCGGCUUAGUCAUGCUGGCCACCUGACCCAGAAGCUGUACGCCAGCUCCCUUGGCCAAUAAAGCGAGCUGAGCGCCGCAAACCCAGAGUCGGUCAUGACUGGACCUAAUGGUCAGGGGUCCCUUUACCUUUAACUAUUGGGUAACUGGCUGUGAUUUGAGCUUGGGAGAGAAAUGCUUGAAUGAUGAAGCCUGGGAUGGGGGUCAGCUCACUGCACAUGUGCAUUCUUUUUUAGGUGUGAAAAGUAGAUCCCACUGCUUACCCUCUUUUAGGCAUUAACAUGGAUGAUAUAUGACUAAAUAAACAUGGAUUCCACCAUCACAUCCAGUUGAGUUCUCAAUAAAGGACAUUCUGUUUAAAGAAAAGCAUAGCAUUUUCUACAAUAUUGUUGGGAAACAGCAACGGUUAUGUUGUUCUGGGAAUCAAUCAGCAUAAAAAUUUAGAAAGACAUAAACCACUGUUCUAGAACCAUAUGGCCAAGCAUUCAUAAUUUAGAGCAAAAGGAAGCAGUAAUAUCCAAAGCAUAACUCUGUUCCCAUGACUGCAAUUUGUUUUGGCUGGCUUUUGAUGUUGAAUUUUAGCUUGUUGUGACCCACCUUGGGAUCUGCUAGUGAAUUGUGGGCAAUAAGUUGAAUAUCAUCAUCUCCAUUGUCAUCAACAGAGAUUGUAUACAAUCAUAAAGGAUCUACUGUAUACAGCAGAAGAGUCAUCUGAAGCCAUUCUUGGUGGAUAAUCAAAGCUAGUUAUGGUAGCAAACAAUUUUCUGGAGUGAGUGACUUACUAGAUCUUGGUAGGUUCUAUUUGUGUAUCACAGCUUGUACAAUUGUGUGUGUUUCUCAGAAAGUAGAGCCUAUACAUAACCCAGUCUGGAUGACUGCCACCCAUCUCUUGACAAUGCAUUUUGUGCCCAAGCUCAGCAAAAUAUUAGAGCUGUGAAACCCGGGCAUAUUGCAUUACUUUGAAAACAUUGCAUAAGCUGGUCCGAAGCUUACUGUAUUUAUUUUAAGGUAUAGUUGAAGAUGCCACUCUUUCCUUGCAAACCUGUCCUCUUGCUUCCCAGGCUCUCCAUGGGUUCCCCUGCAUCUUCCUGCCACAUUGUAAAAAAAGAAGAAAAUGUAUGAACCUCUAACUAAAACUGCUACUUUUUUUCAUGGCCCCAAAGUGGCUUGAUGAACGAUGUUGAUGUUCACAUGCUGGAAGGUACAUGGGUAACUGUUGCCUGUUACCUAGCUUUUAUGCAAGUACAGUGGUACCUCGGGUUACAGACGCUUCAGGUUACAUAUGCUUCAAGUUACAGACUCCGCUAACCCAGAAAUAGUACCUCGGGUUAAGAACUUUGCUUCAGGAUAAGAACAGAAAUCGUGCUCCAGCGGUGCGGCAGCAGCAGGAGGCCCCAUUAGCUAAAGUGGUGCUUCAGGUUAAGAACAGUUUCAGGUAAAGAACAGACCUCCGGAGCAAAUUAAGUACUUAACCCAAGGUACCACUGUAUGCUUAGGAGGAAAUUGGGGGUGGAGCAGGAGAAACUAUGGCCAAGCCAUUUGUUUCUGAUCAAUUUAUUUAUUUAUGCAUUUGUUAGUCGUACUUCACCAAAUGCUCCCAGGGCGAGUUACAAAAAUAUCUUAAUUAAAGCAAGUACAAUGUACAUCAGUAUCAUAAAGUAACACUACAACUAUUUCAAAAACUAUUUUUUUAGCUUCUGAAGGAGUAUGUCUUGCAUCUAGAUUGCCUGGGCAAAACCCCUCUCAUUUUAUUGCAUUUAGAGGCGACGUGUUUUGCUCCAUGAUAAGAGGUAGAAGGAAGAGUUAUAAGAGGCAAGCUUCAAAGCAUUGUGAAAGGCUAGCUGAACAUCUGAACAUAAGGUUAAUGGGAGUCAUGUGGCUAAAAGCCCAUUCCACGCUUUUGCAAAUGUAGACUACUUCAUGUAUUCAGACUUCAGCUGAUAAGAGACUUUUGAAAGACCAUAGCAACCCAUUAACUUUCAUAACUUUAAAAGACUGAGAUAGUUAAAGAAGCUUUGUAUAUUGCAAAAAGCAAUACUUUCUCUCCUACCCAUAGGGAUAGGCGAAACCUGCCUGUACUGCUUCGGAAUACUUUUUGACUUUUUUUUAGCUGGGUUUCCAGAUUGUCCUGGACUUCAGUAGCAACUCAGCCAAGCACCCAAAUGAAAUAAGUUAUGUCAUCCAUCUACAGCAACCCCAGAUAAAUUGUUCUCUAAAUAAAAAUGUUUUGGCUUGUCCCCAUCUCCUAAAAAUGAGCUCCAUUGGCCUCACCAAUAUAUUAACAGAACUAAACACUCUGGUAGUGCCAUCGUUUAUUUGGUGCUAAAAACUGUAGCAUUAAUUCUGUUGCCUCAUCUCCUCACGCAGAAGCACUGGACACAUGAUGUGUGGCAGUUCUAAAAGGCAGCCAUCCAAACCCUGAAUUAUUUUUGCUUUUCAACACUGACAUCUGCUUCAAAGCAGAUUGCAGAGGUUGUCUUUCCUGGUCUCUCAGCUAGUUGCUUAUCUAGCAAGACUGGUGACUGCAGACCUGCUGACAUAAUUAGUUUGUCACAUAUGCUUAUUACGAAGAGAUUUAUACUAUGAAUGUCUUUUAAUCCUCCCCCCUACCGCCCUGUUUAGACAAGAGUGCAAUAAUCUACGUGGAAAGGUUGGCCUUGUAAUAACAUAAUUCAUAUUCAUACAUAAAUGGUCAGGCCAGCAAUGAAACAUUCAGGUGUGGUGAACAGUUUGCAACACAUCCCUUGGAGUGUAGAUAGAAAGAAUGGCUCAGCAAUAGGAGUCAGAACUAUUUCUAGCUCAUCCUUAAUGUUUGGCUGUAACACAAUAUAAGCAACACAACAUAACAUAUACAGUGCCUAAAACAAAGGAUUCUUCUAUAUAUUAUAAUCCUGCUUAAUUUGAGAUUAUGGGCAGUUUGGGGAUGUGCACUAAGCAUGCACUAAGAAAUGGAGGCAGUGAGAGAUUUUACUUUCUUGGGCUCCAUGAUCACUGUAGAUGGUGACACCAGCCACGAAAUUAAAAGACGCCUGCUUCUUGGGAGAAAAGCAAUGACAAACCUAGACAGCAUCUUAAAAAGCAGAGACAUCACUUUGCCGACAAAGGUCCGUAUAGUAAAAGCUAUGGUUUUCCCAGUAGUGAUGUAUGGACGUGAGAGCUGGACCAUAAAGAAGGCUGAUCGCCGAAGAAUUGAUGCUUUUGAAUUAUGGUGCUGGAGGAGACUCUUGAGAGUCCAAUGGACUGCAAGAAGAUCAAACCUAUCCGUUCUUAAGGAAAUCAGCCCUGAGUGCUCACUGGAAGGACAGAUCAUGAAGCUGAGGCUCCAAUACUUUGGCCACCUCAUGAGAAGAGAAGACUCCCUGGAAAAGACCCUGAUGUUGAGAAAGAUGGAGGGCACAAGGAGAAGGGGACGACAGAGGACGAGAUGGUUGGAUAGUGUUCUCGAAGCUACCAACAUGAGUUUGACCAAACUGCGGGAGGCAGUGGAAGACAGGAGUGCCUGGCGUGCUCUGGUCCAUGGGGUCACGAAGAGUCGGACACGACUAAACGACUAAACAACAACAACUAAGCAUAUUCAGUCUGCACUGGGACAGUAUUGCUUUCCUCCCCUGUUUUUUUUGGGGGGGGCGUUGCUGGUGGUCAAGCGAACAUGAUUGUGUUCAAUCUUAACUAUAGUAAGAAAAACAACUAGGAUUUCUCCCGGCAUCUCUUCCUUCCAUCUCUAGGGAUUUUAAAAAGUAGAUUUACAGUAUGAACCAGGAAAUAACUUACCCGCACCAUGAGAUAGUUUUACUACCUUUUUAAAUAUAUCUAUGCCCCUCUUCAUUCAUCCUCCUUUCUCAGCUAUUUCAUUCCUCCUCCCAUCUAGUCCCCCCUCCCGUUAACUGUUUUUAUUUAUUUUCAUGGUACGGAAGAAUUUUUUUGAGAAAACAAUGGUUGCAGCAGUAAACAACAAAUAACUUGUCCUGAUAAAAUUGCAGACUUUUAUCAUGCCGUGUGUUAGAGUUUCAUUUCAUUACUCUACUCCCAUCUAGUUUUUACAUUUCCCUCCCUCUCAAGUCAGACAGUGUUCUACAGCUAUUGAGUUCUCAUUGGAUUGUGUUGGAUUCUCUUUUCUCUUAAGGGCUUCCUCCCUCCUCUCUUUUUCCCUUUUCUUUUUUCUUUUACUCUUGCAAAACUUUGGAUUAUUCACGUCUUUUGACACCUCCUUGGGCAUGGGUAGCGCCAUUUUACACAUUUGCAUGUGAAGUCUUGAAUCAGAAACAGAGAGAAUGAUGGAAAUGAAUGUAAACCCUACGCUGACCGGUAGUGUUGCUUUCAACAGCUUUUGUUUGGCCACAAUAAAAAAAUGUUUGGAACCUCAGAUCAGGAUUCAUGAUGACCGAUAUAAUGGCACUAAGUACAUUCAUUUUAGCCACAUAACUUUACGGCCCCAAAACACUGGAUGCUGAUUUCAGCAGUCAUUGCAAACAAUUACAAAGUGAUUCCAAUUCAAAUAAUAGAAGUAUUACAAGGUUAGAGAGAUGAACCAAUUACUAUAUCCAAAGCAAAAUGAAGUAUACAGUAUGCAUGCUUCUGAAAAGUGCCAAUUAUAACAAUUUGGCUGUGUUGCUGAAUUGCUUCUCACCAGCUCUCAAAGGUUCUCUCUGGAAAAACGCAUGGAGAGCAGCCACGAAUAAUGGAAGGAGGCUGCGCUUGCAACCUCCUGACAAUCUUUUCACAAUCUCAGAUAGUAGCUCACAAACAGAUGUUCACCUAGCCAUAGUCCUUGACAGACUUUGUAUCCAUGCAGAGUCCUCUAAUAAGACUAUGCAUCCGCAAAGCCUGGUGAUGCAAACCUUGGUGUCAGGAUAUAAUCUUUGUCCUUUGCCACCUUGCACCUCACUCAUAGCUCUUCGGUGGCAGAGGAAGGGAGGGGAAGGCUGCAUCCUCCUACACUAACUUCAGUGCCAGCUCUUAAAGAUAAAAAAGCAUUGCUUCUGGGCAUUAAUUCAUGGGCAAUAACAAACUGAAGAAUAGGUUUAAAUACAAGCAUAUUUAGAACCUUUAACAUGAGAAUAGUAAGAUGAAUUGCCUUUUGCAAGGUUGCAUUUUGCUUCGGGCUUCAAACCUUAUGUGGGAAAAGACUGUUCCUGCAUUCCCAUAGUUCCAUUUUUACACUGCUAUUCCUUUAAUGAACUCAUGGGUGUGUGUCCCCCCCCCCCCAUUUUCACAACAACCCUGUGAGGUAGGUUGAGGGGAGAGAGACUGAGCCAAGGUCACACCACAAACUUCAUUGCUGAGUGAAGGUCAACCUUGGCUGAACCUCCCUGGUCCUAAUCUGACACCCCAAACACCCACCACACCAUACUGAACUAUGACUAGCAGCUUAUUCCAAAAGUGCAAUGGGUUGUGUAUGCUGAUCAGGAAGAUGAAACAAAAUUCUCCUGCUGAGAUAUUUAAUUGGCUUUUAAGAUUGCGAUUUAAACGUUUUUCCAUUUUAUUAUUAGCAACAGUAUAUGAUUGCAGCAGACAGAUAAUGGUUUCUACAUCCAAAAGUUAUGCUGAAUUAAAGAUGGGAAAAUGUGGCCAUUCUAUCAAAAAGUGAAAAUGUUUUGAGGGAGUGGAAAGAUAAAGCAGGGAAUAAUUUAUUUAAAGAUGCUUGAGGGAAACGGGGGGGGGACCUUUUCUCUUUACAGAGUCACGAGGUCAUUUAGUUUGAUGAUUCUGCCCUCUUGGAAUGGAAUUUUUUUUUUAAAUUCAAACUGUCUAGAGGGAAAGGGGGUCAAUAUCUUCUUCUCCUCUGAACAGAAAGACAGAAUUUAUCUAGACACUUUAUGUCCCCAUGUUUCCCAAGCAGUACUCCCCGUCACAAAGUGACAGUAGACCACCAGCAGUUGCAGUCUGAAGGGGAAGUUGAAGAUUGCCCUGGUAGCUCACCUCAGAGAAGAAAUUCAUGUUCAUCCUUAUUUAAACAAAAGUCUCUAUCAUUUUCUACUUAAACUUCAGGGUCCCCUGGACUUGGAGACUUCACCUGGCACUCUUACCAGCACCACAGUUCCCUGGUGAAUUGAAGCAAGAGUUUUAUUUACUCUGGCCAAAAUCUCCUUCACAUUCUAGACAUAUAAAGCCUUGAAUUGGGUGUAUCUCUUUCCAGAGAGAUAACAAACCUUAGCAGAACUGGCAGGGUGAGAUGUUCCCUAUCUUCUUGACUAACUGUACUGGCAAACUUUGGGAAUGAUAGAUACCUUAAAAACACUUUCAUGACUGAGAUUCUUUCCAGUACAACCAUCUUUCCAGAUAUUCUCUCACUGGCACCAGGACCUUUUCUUUAUACAGGAACUUUAGUCUUUUGUUCUCUGCAGAUUUCAAGCCCGACACUCUUGGGGGUGAAAGGCAGCUUUAUUUUUCAGUAUUCUGCAUAUACAAACCAGUACGGAUAUGUCAUCACACCCACACAUAAGAAAACUACCAUCUGGCUUCCCAACUUUGUGUGAAGGAAUUUACUUUGCCAGUGUUUCAAAACCAAAGGCAAGCAUCCCUUGAAAUUCUUACUCUCAAGGUGAUCAUCCUGGUAGCAUUAAUGUCAGCAAAGUGGGUGGCUGUAUUUGUGUGCUUUCAUACUAAGGUAGUUCAACUCCUUCAUUUCUGUUUUAUUCCUAAGACGAACACUAUACAGUGGUACCUUGGGUUAAGUACUUAAUUUGUUCCGGAGGUCCGUACUUAACCUGAAACUGUUCUUAACCUGAAGCACCACUUUAGCUAAUGGGGCCUCCUGCUGCUGCCGUGCCGCUGGAGCAUGAUUUCUGUUAUCAUUCUGAAGCAAAGUUCUUAACCUGAAGCACUAUUUCGGGGUUAGAGGAGUUUUUAACCUGAAGCGUAUGUAACCUGAAGCGUAUGUAACCCGAGCUACCACUGUAUUUCAUUGUGCCCAGGAACUGGUUUUACAUUCCACCCAGUGAAUGGGAAAUGAACAUGUCUAUGCUGCAUUGCAACUACCCACCACUUCUAAUAAGUGGAACUUCUGUUAUCAGAAGAGGUGGGCUCCUGUAGAAAGUCCCACCUUCCCGCUCGCCAUCAUACCCUCCAACAUCCGGCUGAUCCAAAUUGGGAUCCUCAGGUUUUUUUGAUCCCAAGCUCUCUCAGGAGCCAACUGACUCAUGCCAGAGCAUGAGACCAAAAAACGAGCACCUUUUGGUCCAGCGCCCUGGCACAAGCCAGCUAACUCAUGCCAGAGCACUGGACCAUUCUGGGAUCUAAUCAGAAGCCAGGAUGGCUUCUGUAAUUCCAGGAUGUUCAGCUUAAAUUGGGACGGUUGAGUAGCAUGGAAGAUGAGAAGCUGUAGUAGCGGGUGGACAGGACACCUGCCUGCUUCCUUCUGUCAGUGGUGCUGGUGAUAGAAUGGAGAACAUAAAGGAAAUAAACUCUUUCUUCCCUUUGUCACCAUCCUAGCCCUGCACUAAGAAAGCCUGAACUGUAUGGGACAUGAAGUAGAGAAAGGACUUUCUUCCCUUCAUGUCUCUUGUCACAAGAAGGAAGCCUGCAUAGGGCACAUGUGUUCUCCCUCACCCUCUGCCAGCACAACUGGCACUGAGAGAAGUCUGCAAGAGAGGUGGGUGGCAGUGCAGACUUCCUCCACCCCAUGGCAAUAUGUAGAUCCAGUACUGCACUGCAGAUGUAGAUAUUGCUAUUGAAUUGACUUGUGCCAGAUGUUUUUUCUGGUGAAGAAGAGAUGGGCCUGGUACAAGUGUACCAACCUCUCGACCUAUUAAAAAUAAUAAUUACCGUAUUUUUUGCUCUAUAAGACUCACUUUUUCCCUCCUAAAAAGUAAGGGGAAAUGUGUGUGCGUCUUAUGGAGCGAAUGUAGGCUGCGCAUCUAUCCCAGAAGCCAGAACAGCAGGAGGGAUUGCUGCUUUCCCUGCACAGCGAUCCCUCUUGCUGUUCUGGCUUCUGAGAUUCAGAAUAUUUUUUUUCUUAUUUUCCUCCUCCAAAAUCUAGGUGCGUCUUGUGGUCUGGUGCGUCUUAUAGAGUGAAAAAUAUGGUAACAAUGGCAGGCUCUAGGUGUGAGGGUUCUGUUGGUUAAAUGUCAUUGUUGUUGUCCUCUUCCUGUACCUCCUAUGUCAAUGGGUUCCCUGACCAUGGGCUUAGCUGGUGGCUGUGGGUAGCUACAAGCUGUCAUUUUACAUUUUCUGCAGUGCCCAAUGUAGCAUAGCUCCAGUGCAUUGUGGGAAAUCUGCCUCUUGCAGCUGGCACAAGGGAAGCAUCAGUGCUGCCAGGUUCUGCUAAGAUACAGAGAGCCAGCAGCUGUUUGAAUGUGCUGAAUGUUGACACCAGACCUGGCCCCAGAUGCCAUUUUUAUAUGUCAACAGGAAGUAAAUGUUCUCCUCAGUGGAUUCUUCUGUUGGCAUGCAUGGGGCAUUCCUGUGCAAUGAAGUGAAUGGGAAAGACCAUCUCUGGGAGCCCUGCAGUAUUUCAGAUUCAUUCCAUACUAGAGCUUGCACUUCUUAAUACCAUGAAUUAGGGGUUUCUUAUCAAUAGUGGAAACAAAUGCAUUAAUUGUCACCAUCAAAUCAACCGUUUGAUACAGUCUGGCACAUUUUCAGAUUACUUGUUUGUAAACAGUGUUCUUCGUUUAGCAAAUAUUCAGCAACACUUCUCUAACUGGUUUUAGCAGUCUGAACUGUUAAAAGCAGAAACGUAAACAAAGUGUUUCCUCAUUCCAAUAAAGAGAAAGGGGGAAAUCAUUGCAGAAGUUGGUUAGAACAGAAAAAUGCUUCAUGAAACAGCCACUGGAGUAAAAAUAAAUGUUUCUAUUUUCUUAAAGUGAUUUAAAAUCAACAACACCUGACUACUAAUUGACAAUCUGGUAAAAUGCAUUAACAGGCUAUACAUGUUUUGCAAGAUGGCAGAAGCAAUCCUCCUCCAAUAAAUGGAUGUUCUGUGUCUCUGCUUGAAAUGAAUAUGUCCCCGAUUAAGAUCCAUGCCCAAAAUGCAAUAAAAAAAGUUUUCUGCACCUGUCUUUGAUCCAUUUUUGAAAUAUUUGAUACUUUUAAUGUGCAUUCUUUAGGCCAUUUAUCCUCAAAAUAAAUCUAUUAUUCUCUGUUGAUGGGGAACAGAACAGUGAAUUUAAGGCUGAGGUACUGAAGAACUUGCCUUAAUGCCUUUUUCAUAUUCACAUGUCAGCAGACAUUAUGACUGGACCAAAUCGACACUUGUUUCAUACACCUUUGAAUGGGCUGUAUUGUUUCAGCUAGUUUUUUUGGAGGCGAUUUAAAAUUCCUUGGCUGGAAGAGAAUAGUAGCAGUUGCCAUUUUGGUACCUCCAGAAAGCCCUGUUCUAAUCUGCUUUUUGAAUUUUGGGCGAUUCAAAAUGGCUACUUCAUAAAAUGUGGCUUCCUCCUUUGCCAUUUGCUGGGGGCUGCCUUUAUAGUGGACAACAAUUGCAAUCUACAUAGAAACACACACUUUUACAAAGUGAGCAGAUUGUUCUACCAGCAGCUCAGGUUUUUUUGGAGAGGUGCAAUAUUAACCACCACCCGCUGACCAUGCCGCAUGUAAGUCAUGUUCAGCAUAAGUUCUGCAAGUGUGUGAAUAUACAUGGUACACCUGCAUCAGCAUGACCAGAUACCUUCAUCUGCCCCAGCUGCAACAAAACAUGUCUCUCCCGUAUCAGUCUUUAUAGCCAAAGGAGUCUGUAAUGUAAGUUCUGCACAUACAGAAGAAAUUACAUGGGCUCAAGGUAAAAUGGAACUUUCUUCUAGCCCUGACCUCAACAUCUUCAUGUUAAGAUCAGAUACCUGCAGCAAGGCAGCCUACACAUGUAGACCUCAACAUCCAAAGGCUUCCACACAUUCUGGUUAUGGGUUCCAGGUUUCUGGUUAUGGGUUUCAAGCUCGACAUGAGUCAACAGUGUGAGGCAGCAGCAAAAGAAAGCUAAUGCUGUUCCAUGCUGCAUCAACAGAAGUAUAGUGUUCUGAUCAGAGGAAGUAAUAGUACCACCACUCUAUUCUUCUUUGUGUUCACUUCUGGGCGCCACAAUUUAAGAAGGCUAUUGAGAAGCUGGGAUGUGUGCAGAGGAGAGCGACCAACAUGAUCAAGGGUCUGGAAGCCAAGCCUUAUGAGGAACGGUUGAAGGAGCUGGGUAUGUUUAGCCUGGAAAAGAGGAGACUGAGGGGAGAUAUGAUAGCCAUCUUCAAAUAUCUAAAGGGCAGUCACAUGGAAGAUGGAGGAAGCUUGUUUUCUCCUGCUUCAGAGGGUAGGACCCGAACCAAUGGAUUCAAGUUACAAGAAAGGAGACUCCAACUAAACUGUCAAUAAGAGUCGUUUGACAGUAGAGCAGACUCCCUUGGAAGGUGGCGGACUCUCCUUCCUUGGAUGGCCAUUUGUCAUGGAUGCUUUCGUUGAGAUUCCUGUAUUGCAGGGGGUCGGACUAGAUGACCCCGCAAUUUCUUCCAACUCUGCAAUUCUUUGAUUCCAACACAUGUGGAAACCUACCCAAACAGAGGUCUGCAUGCAUAGAUUUCCAUGCUGCAGACUUCAGUGCUUAACUCGCUUGCUCUUUGGCUGGGACCAGCAAUGUGAUCUAAUCGCCCCUUAAUUGUGUGAAGCCCUCCUUGUGUGAACAUCAAUAGGUGCUCUAGUGGAGCGACGGUACCGUCACUGAGGAGAGAGAAUAUGCAAUGCAUUGUAAAAGAACUUUGGUUAAUUGCUAGAAACAAUUCUGAAUGGUUCAGAGCGUUCAGAGAUCCUAGAUUACACAUUCAUUAAGAUACUCUUGAUGUGGAAGGAUUUACAGUUACAAAACAAAACAACAGACAAUGAGAAAAUGCUGGCAUGAAGCUUCUGUAAUUCAAACACUUUUUACAAAUUACGGAAAUUAGCGCUGAUUUAUAAAGCCAGAUUGAAGCAGGAAAUAUACUGACUGCUUACUGUCACUAGCUGAUUAGGAAUGCAAGAGCAGAUGUAGUCAUGUUUACAUCAAUUUUUACCUUAGCGCAGAAUUUAGAAGGAUGUUACUUCCAGAGUAAAAUUUGAUGUAAAUUUGCAUAGCAAUUGGGAAAGAAAUGCCACAUUAGUUGGAAGAGAAUUUUAGCUUUGGUUGUCUGCCUGUCUGUCUCUUUAAAAGCAUUUACGUGCACAGGAGAAUGGAUCUGUUUCCCUGUCUUAAUAAGAAAUGGAAACUUAGUGCCCUCCCUGUAUUGCUGGUCUCCUCCUCCUAAUAUUAUUAUUACCAUUAUUAAUGAAUGAGAAUAUUUCUAUAGUGUUCAGCAUAGAUGGCUUGUUUUACUUGAGUGUAUGUAAACCACUCUGGGGGCCUUUUGGUACAAAUGUGCACAUACAUAUCUAUAUAUGUAAUAUUUACAAAUCUCUAAGCUGUUUGUAGAAAACUAAAGCAGAAACAACCAGUGUUGCUGAAAUGCACAGUUAUAUAUAGAAUGUUAAAGGUAAAGGGUAAAGGGACCCCUGACCAUUAGGUCCAGUUGUGACCGAUUCUGGGGUUGUGGUGCUCAUCUCGCUUUAUUGGCCAAGGGAGCCGGCGUGCAGCUUCCGGGUCAUGUGGCCAGCAUGACUAAGCCACUUCCAGCGAACCAGAGCAGUGCAUGGAAAUGCCAUUUACCUUCUUGCCAGAGCGGUACCUAUUUAUCUACUUGCACUUUGACAUGACACGUUGCUAGGUUGGCAGGAGCAGGGACCGAGCAACGGGAGCUCACCCCGUCACGGGGAUUCGAACCACCGACCUUCUGAUUGGCAAGUCCUAGGCUCUGUGGUUUCUCUUUCUUAUGCACAUUCCCUCACAGCCUCCUGGCUAUCACCCAGGGCCUAAACACAGCCACAGCUCACUGACAAAAUCCUUGACCAUUAGGAAUGCUGGCUGGAGUGAUGUGAGCUAGAGUCCAGUAAUAUCUGGGUGUGGGCGGGUGUAUCUUAUCUGUACCAAGUUACCAAGCUAGUGAACAUUAACAUAUUGAUGUUAUAGCUAACUUGAACCUUCUUCCUUCAAAACAUGUUAGGUUACAGAACUGAGAAAAAAACAACUUAAAAUAUAAAACUACAGUAAAAAAAAUUAAAUGGUAAUAUUUAAAUUUAAAUGGUAAUAUUUUUAAAAUAAAAUAAAGCAGCAGUACAAAAAGCAGUCACCUGAAUGAAGAAAUCUUAAGUGACUGUGUUUGCUCUGAAGAAAACCAUAUGAUUACUUUGCUUUUCUUACGUUAUAUCUAUAUGUGUUGCAUAAACCAUCUUAGAAGAAGCAAUUCCUCCCGUGGGAGCAAGUGAAAGACAAAUAUCAUUCUAAGUGUGUGCCGUCUUCAGUUUUUUAUACAUUCUUUUAUUAGAAAGCGUAUUUUAAACGGGCUGCCUGAAAAUCAAGGGCACCUUUUUAGUUGAUUAAAAAAUACUUUAUUAAUUUUAUUGAUUAGGGUGCAGUGCUAAAUGCAUUGACUCGCCCAGGGCGUGAGGACAGAUAAGCAUAUUGGGAUUUCCUGCCAAGCUCUUUCGUAAAUGUGAAAGGGAGGGCAAGACUUUCCAUUGCAGCACUGCCACCGGGGAGCGCAAGUCGCUGUGAGCGCAGAAGUGGGUAGUCAGUGUGGUGUAGUGGUUAAGAGUGGUGGACUCAUAAUCUGGUGAACCGGGUUCAAUUCCCCGCUCCUCCACAUGCAGCUGCUGGGUGACCUUGGGCUAGUCACACUUCUCUGAAGUCUCUCAGUCUCACUCACCUCACAGAGUUUUUGUUGUGGGGGAGGAAGGGAAAGGAGAUUGUUAGCCGCUUUGAGACUCCUUAGGGUAGUGAUAAAGCGGGGUAUCGAAUCCAAACUCUUCUUCCUCCUGCGUAUCUGCCGCUGGCUGUUUUCAGACAUCAUACAAUUAUUCUACAGUAUCAGACCACCUAUAUAUUGGGACAGUUCACUGGUUCUAUACUCUGAUGUGUCCACAUGUGUCCUGUUCUUUGUGGGAGAGGAAAGCUCACUUGAGUUUUCUGUUCUUUGCCCUAUGACAGACAAUGCUUUCCAUGAUGUGGAACGCUCCAAAUGGCAAACAUACCUAUCUGUGGUAUUCCUAGUGCCAUUGGAGCUUUAAGCAGCAGCUGAAGCCAGGAUGUGGUGUGAAUUGCAUUAGUUGCUCUGGGGUAUAUGAAAUACAGCUGGUACAGAUGCAACUUAAACCAGACUAAGGGUUGGUGGAUCAAGUAUAGAAACUGAAUGAAAUUUCAAAGCAAAAUGUAUGAGAUGAUACAUUCAGAGACAAAAAUAAAUAAAAGGAUUUUUCUUAUCAGCUGGGGAAAUAAAUACCAGGAUUUUGAUUUCUCACACAAUAACUAUGCAACAAAUGCGCGUUUUUUUAAACAGAUUGUCACUAAGCAGACCAUGGUAGAAAUGGCCUGACUUCUGAGAUCUGUCCUCAACUUAGUUUGCAGUCAGCCUGCAUGGUAAAGUUGCAAUGGAUGUCUUGUUUAUAAUGGUUUUAACUUACUUUAGAACAUUACAGUCUCUUAGGACAACCCUUAUUCCAUUCUAUCUUCUUGAUUUCCAUAAAUUAUAGUGUAGCUCCACAGUACCUCUCAUUAAAUUGAAUUAGGCACAAACUCCCUUCUCAAAUGUCAACCUUCUGCAUAAACUUUCUCAGCUGCUAACUCAGAGAUAUGAAACUUUGUCCUUCAGAUAGCUACUAGCAUUCUCUUUUUGCUUCAGCGGGAUUCAAUAUUCUGUUACUCCACACAGAAUACAAACAAAAAAACAAAAAACCUGUACAUUUCUGGAACAUAUGAAGGAACCUGUUAAUGCAGAUAUUGUUUCUUAAUCAUGUUUCAUAAUUCACAGAAGUAAAAUUCUGUUGUUUCAUUUUAGUGUAAUUAUCUGUGGUUGUUACGUAUUAAAAUGGAAUGUGAUUUUAAAAGGAAACAGCAUUUUGUUUUAAAAAAUUGGAACCAUCAAUAUAUAUCCUAAAGUAUGAAGUCUUGGGGAGGAAUAAGCUGAAAUGCAUUCAUUGAAAGCUGGGGUGGGGAACCUCGGGCCUGGGGGGGGGAGGUGGCAUUUCCAGGCCUUUCUGAGAGACUCUUUGGCCUCCGCCUGGGCCAACCCCUCCCCAGCCACCCACCUCUCCCCAAGCCACACCAUGCAGAUCCCCCAAGUGUCUCUAUUUUCCAAGGACAGUCCCAGAUUUACAGAAGCUAUCUCUGUUUCUGAUUUGAUCCUGGAAUGUCCAGCUUUUCCUUAGGACGCCCCUAUUUUCAUUGGAGAAAUGUUGGACGGUAUGGAGUUAUGUGACUCCUGAGCCAAGGAGAUAAGUAACUAUACAAUCCUUAGAAGCCAUCUGAAGGCAGUCCUAUACAGUUGUACCUCUGGUUACAUACUUAAUUCAUUCCGGAGGUCCGUUCUUAACCUGAAACUGUUCUUAACUUGAGGUACCACUUUAGCUAAUGGGGCCUCCCGCUGCUGCCGCACUGCCGCCACGCGAUUUCUGUUCUCAUCCUGAAGCAAAGUUCUUAACCCGAGGUAAUAUUUCUGGGUUAGCAGAGUCUGUAACCUGAAGCGUAUGUAACCCAAGGUACCACUGUAUAGGGAUUUUUUUAAUGUUUAAUGUGUUAUUAUGUUUUUAUAUUUGUUGGAAGCUGUCUAGAGUGGUUGGGGCAACUCACUCAGAUAGACAGGGUAUAAAUAAAAUUGCUGUUGUUGUUGAAUAAGACGUCUCUAUUUUCAUCAGAGAAAUGUUGGAGGGUAUGCACCAGGCACUGGCACACUUUUCUUGAGUCACACCUUGCCUGGAGAGAAGUUAGAGAGGGGUUCAUGAGUCUGUGUAGAAACUAGCCUCUGCACAAUCUACUUUUACAACCUACAUUCAUUACUCUUCUUACUUUUGCAUCCGGCCCCACUCACCAAUACCAUAUUCUACCCCGGAAAGGUUUGCUGGAAAACAGUGUGACCAUUCAUCUGAAAAAGACUCCAUGUGCCCAGUGUAAGACAGUAGUAGUUGAUUCCCCACCCCCAAGUUUAAUUAGAAAUGAUAAGCUUGCUAUGUUCCUUGAAGGCAAGGCCAGCCCAUGCAUGAGGCAAGGUGGGGCGACUGCUUCAGGCAGCAGGAUCCACAGGGGCAGCAGAUCUGGCCUCCAAGGAAUAUAUCAACCACUACUGCAGUGGCAGCAAUGGCUGAGGCAUGCUCCUUGGAGGCCAGAUCUGCCAUCUCCUGGGCAGCCCCCACAGUGACCUCUAGACUGGCCUCUUGGUGAAUAGGAGGCACUGCUGGUCUCCCCCCCACCCCCCUUGUUCCUGAUGCGAAUAUCUUUACUUGCCCUUUCUUCCCUGGCGGGGUUUGGGAUACCAUUUUGUGGUUAGCCUCCGUGCCAAAAUGUCUUGGGCCAGCAAACGCCUGCUUGAACAGAUCCAUGUUUGAACUGCCUUUUUUUGUUCUAUACAUCAAGGGUGAUUGGAUGUGCUGCUGUGUCACGAAUGCAGCGAGAAGUGUUUUCAUUCAUUCAUAAGAGUUCAGAAUAAUAUCUGGCUGUGCUUUGAAAAAAGCAAAGAUAUUGCUUCGUUCUCAUCUGUACUAUGUGAAAGUGAAGUCUCCUUUUGAAUCCUGCUGGGGGGUUUGUCUGCAGCAGGAAAAGCAGUCUAACAAUUUCACUUGCAUCUUCCCCGCUUUUCUUGCAAAGGAAAGGAGUGUUCUCAGAGAGUGGAUAGAGAAGGGCACCAGAGCACAGAGAGCAGAGGAGGAACAAUUGAACUAUGUUUUAUUUAUCUCUAUAACUCACGCUAGGGCACUGAAGUUUCUCGUGUUUUUGAGAGAGAUGAUGUGUAAGAAACUAAAUCUUUGGCCUCUUUGGAAAUAACGGCAUGUGCACAGGGAGAUAUAUGAUGUCUCUGUAUGUCAGCUAGUAGCCUAGAAUUAUUAGAGUGGGUGAGAUUGCGGCUUGGAAAUCCACUGUCUUGAGAAUGGUUUUUAAAUAAUUAUUUAAACAACAAUUGAAACUGGGGGGGGGGGGUUGUAUUUGUCUUCUGGACCAUAAUCAAUUGAAGCGAUUUCCCCACAAACAAUGGCCCUCUUUAGGCAUUCUAUUGUUGUGUCUAAUAAUCAUGUAACACAAGGAUGGCCCACAAAGAAGGGGCAUGCUAGCUCCACCCACUGCUUUCAUUGACCUCCACAAGUUAGAGGCCAAGUGGGUUAUAAAGCAUGCAGGAAGCCUCCACAAGUAGAGAAGGCUUCCCCACUUCACACAGUCACCCUCCAACUUGUACAGGGCAGGCAAUGAGAACAGUGGCAGUGACGAGACGGAGGAGCUAGUAUGCUUGUGUGAUUAUUAUUCUCAGCUUGCAAAUGCAUGAGUCAUAGAGUUGCAAGGGAUCCUGAGGCUCAUCAAGUCCAACUCCCUGCAAUGCAAGAAUCUCAACUAAAGCCUGCAAGACAUAUGGCCAUCCAACCUGUGCUUAAAAACCUCCCAAGGAAGAGAGUCCACAACCUCCUGAUGGAGCCUGUUCUACUGUCCAACUGCUCUUACUAUCAGAAAGUUCUUCCUGAUGUUUCGUCAGAAUCUCCUUUCUUAUAACUUGAAGUCAUUGGUUCAGCUCCUACCCUUCAGAGCAGGAGAAAACAAGCUUGCAUCUUCCAUGCCCUUUAGUUAUUUGAAGAUGGCUAUCCUCUCUCACUCUCCUCUUUUCCAGGUGAAACAUACUUGGCUUUUUCAUUGUUUGCUUUCAAGGACCGCAGGAAAGGCUUCACUUAAAUGUUGUAGGAUUAUGGUAGAAGGAAAGGAGUGAUACGAUAUCCCUAUUUGUAAGCAUUGCUAUUUUUAAAAGGUAUCUGUACCUUUGUACUUAACCAUCUAAUUCACGAUUGAAUUGAAUUUGUACUUGUUGGCAUCCACCUGCCUCGGGAAACAAUGUAAGAGUGUGCCUUUGUGGGUAAAGUCAAACUGUUGCAGAAUUGCAACGCCUGCUGUGGCUGUGGAGACCAAUACGGGAGAGAUAUGUUUUAUUGCAGGUGGGGCAGAUGAAGGUGUCCAGUUUUGCUGCUACAGGUGCACCCUGGUGGUUCUUCUCUAUGUGCUCACCUCAGCAGUCAUUCGUCCUCUGUUCACUGCUAUGGAUACGCAACCUGACUUUCUGUCUCCAGGUACUGCGGUCACCUUCAAGGGAUUCCCAUACAGCCUUCAUGUCCCUUUUACAGACAGACAUCUUUGUAACACAUAGUUGCUCUGCCUACAGACCUAGUGCCUGAAGCCAGCUCCCUGCAGAGCAUGUCCUUGAGGAGCCUGCCACCUUCGGGGAUCCUGUCACCUUCCAUUCUGUGCACAUGGCCAAGCCAGUAUAGACAUCCCUGAGACAGGAAUGUGAACAUGCUAGGAAUGUGGGCUUGGGAGAGCACGUCCUUAUGAGGAGCCGUUGAUGAAGCUGGGCAUGUUUAGCCUGGAAAAGAGGGAACUGAGAGGAGAUAUGAGAGCCAUCUUCAAAUAUCUGACAGGCUGCCACAUGGAAGAGGCAUGCUCUGGAGGGUAAGACUCGAACCAUUGGCUUCCAUGUUACAAGAAAGGAGAUUCUCACUAAACAUAUGGAAAAACUUUCCGGCAGCAAGGGCUGUUCGACAGUGAAACAGUCGACCUCAAGAGGUUGUAGCCUCUCCUUCCUUGGAGGUUUUUAAGCAGAAGUUGGAUGGCCAUCUGCCAUGGAUUCUUUAGCCGAGAUUCCUGCAUUGCAGGCGGUUGGACUAGAUGACCCUUGGGGUUCCUUUCAACUCUACAGUUCUAUGAUCUUUGUUUGAGACUCUGUCCUGCCUACAGUGGUACCUCAGGUUACAUACGCUUAAGGUUACAUACGCUUCAGGUUACAGGCUCCACUAACCCAGAAAUAAUGCUUCAGGUUAAGAACUUUGCUUCAGGAUGAGAACAGAAAUCGUGUUCCAGCGGCACAGUGGCAGCAGGAGGCCCCAUUAGCUAAAGUGGUGCUUCAGGUUGAGAACAGUUUCAGGUUAAGAACGGACCUCUGGAACGAAUUUAGUACUUAACCCAAGGUACCACUGUACUUAAAAAUAAACAAAUCUUUGUUCGGAAAGCUUUUUGUUUUAUGUUCAGUUAACAUAAAACACGCUUGCUUCCCUCUCAUGAGACUUCUUUUAAGUGUUCCUCAACAUUUACUCAGAACUGAAUUAAAGCUUUGGGUUCUCCCCUUUCAUUCUCAUUCCCUCAGUAUAUUGUCUUAAACUGAGCAUCCAUAAAAUAAAAUAUAUGGGAUGCUUUCCUCUUUGCCGCUGGAUUCAUGGUCUUUUUUCCAAUAUACGUAAUGACUCGGUGACUGUCAUUGAAGAAUGAGUGAAGCACCAAGAGGUGUUACAUUGUGUACAUCAGGGAAGUAAAUAAGUCUCCUGUAGAAAUGUGAUGAAUGAUUUAUCAGGCAUCGCUGAAACAGAUGACGGCUUAUGUUCUGCAGCAAGUGACAUACUGGAUUUGGGAUGCUUUCAUCAAGUCAGUUACCUCUAAAUGCUUUGUUUAUGUCUAUGCACUACUGUUUAUAUUCCGAAUUAUCGAAGGAGCAAAUAUACUGGCAAAAAUUAUCAUUUUAAAUAUCUUGACAUGCUAACAAUGUGAUAUGAACCAGGAUGAUUUUAAAGCUCUCAUUUACCCAACCAGGAAUAUCUGGGGUUCCUUCUGGAAUUGUUGAUUUAGUGGUGUCAGUGUGAAAACAACUUUUCAUGACAGCUGCAACUGAGUAGCAAACAAUCAGGGCUAGAAACUGCAAAUUUCAUUUGCUAAUUGACUAGUUUCUGAAUAAGAUAAGCAAUUAGAUCAUUCUUAAAUGGUGUCCAGGUCCAAAAGCCUAAAGAAAUGUGUCCUGUAUUUGGCACAUAAAUGAAGAAAGGCACAUAAAUGUGGCCCUCCAGAUGUUGGGACUCCAUUUCCCAUCAACCCCAACCACCAUGGCCAAUGGCCAAGAAUAAGGGGAGUUAUAAUCCACAACACCUGGAGGGCACAAGUGCUCCCAGUUCUUGCUUUAACCCUCCACCUAUUUUAGGAUUUCUAUCUUGAAGCAAUGCCCUCUCCUUUUCCUGUCAUUGAUAUUAGGACACCCUCAGACUGGCAUCAGAUAACAGUGCAGGGUGUUGGUUAUAGCGAGUUCCUUCAGACAGUGAAGGAAGCUUGAGGUUCUGGAUUUUUAUGGAUUUUAAAAUUCAGGGGGGAAUGAUUUCACUUGUUUACAGACUAUAAUGUUUACCAAGCACUGAUCCAGUUCAGAUGUAAUGAGAAACCAUGAUUUUCUGCUACAUGAAUGAGACAUGGAAACCCUGAGACUCAUAUGCAUCCUCUCCUCUCCUUUCACAUCCACAAGGAAGAAAUUGGAAACCUUCAUUUCUGAUGUUAAACAAGCCACAGUUCUUGAUGACAGAGAACUGUGGGUUGUUGAAAUUGUGGAUAGGAAAACCAAGGCAGACUAAUAAUAAUAAUAAUAAUAAUAAAUUUUAUUUAUAUCCCGCCCUCCCCAGCUGAAGCCGGGCUCAGGGCGGCUAACAACAAUAAAAUAAUACAACAUUCUAAAAUCAUUUCAUUAUAAAAUUAAUUCAAAUCAAAUUAAUGGCAAGCAUUGGGCUAGAGUUCUGUGAAGAUUACAGAAGGAGAGAGGGGGUCAGACUAUGCCUUGGCCAAAGGCCUGGUGGAACAGCUCUGUCUUGCAGGCCCUGCGGAAAGAUGUCAAGUCCCGCAGGGCCCUAUUCUCUUGUGACAGAGCAUUCCACCAGAUCAGAGCCACAGCCGAAAAAGCCCUGGCUCUAGUUGAGGCCAGCCUAACCUCCCUGUGGCCUGGGACCUUCAGGAUGUUUUUGUUUGAAGACCGUAAGUUCCUCUGUGGGGCAUACCGGGAGAGGCGGUCCCAUAGGUACGAGGGUCCCAGCCCAUAAAGGGCUUUAAAGGUCAUGAAGAUGGAAGAAGCUAGUUUUCUCCAUAGGGCAGGACCUGUAGCAAUGGAUUCAAGAUACAAGAAAGGAGAUUCUGCCUAAACGUUAGGAAGAACUUUGUGACAAUAAGAGGUAUUCAACAGUGGAGCGGAAUCCCCCAAAGGUGUUGGACUCUCCUUCAUUAGAGGUUUUUAAGCAGAGUUUGGGUGGUCAGGGAUGUUGCCGUUGUGAUUCCUGCAUUGCAGGGUGUAAUUUAUGAUUCUAUAAUUCCAAAACAGGAGGAAAGCUACUCACACAGAGGUCUGCAUGCAUAGAUUUCCAUGCUGCAGACAUCAGUGCUUAACUCACUUGCUCUCUAGGUGGGACCAGCAAUAUGACUUUUGUGUGAACAUCUAUAGUGGACCACUCACUCUGUGUUUGUUCGGCAACUUCAGCAACUUCUAAAAGUGGGGCUAGGUCACCUUUCUGCAGCUACAACAACAAAGUUGUGUGACCCUUAACAAGUUUUCAGGGAAUGGAGCUCUCUUGAUCAAAUGCAGAAGGCUAAUACAGUGGUUCAAAUCCCUGAGACGGGGUGAGCUUCUGUUGUUCGGUCCCAGCUCCUGCCAACCAGACCAUAAGACACACCUAGUUUUUGGAGGAGGAAAACAAGAAAAAAAAUAUUCUGAAUCCUAGAAGCCAGAUGCACACACAUUUCCCCUUAAUUUUUAGGAGUGAAAAACUGUGUCUUAUAGAGAGAAAAAUACAGUAGAUAAAUAGGUACCACUCCGACAGGAAGGUAAACGGUGUUUCCGUGCACUGCUCUGGUUCACCAGAAGCAGCUUAGUCAUGCUGGCCACAUGACCCGGAAGCUGUACGCCGGCUCCCUCAGUGAGUAAAGCGAGAUGAGCGCUGCAACCCCAGAGUCGUCCGCAAUGGUCAGGGGUCCCUUUACCUUUACCUUUAAUACUGUGGUACCUCUGGUUACAAACGCUCCUGGUUACGAACGCUUCAGGUUACGAGCUCCGCUAACCCGGAAGUAGCUGCUCCUGGUUGUAAACUUUGUCCCAGGAUGCGAACGGAAAUCGCGCAUCAGAGGUGCACACAGCAGGAGGCCCCAUUAGCGAAAGCACGCCUCAGGAUAAGAAUGGUUUCAGCUUAAGAACCGACCUCCAGAACGAAUUAAGUUCGUAACCAGAGAUACCACUGUAAUAACUGUAGCAGUAUUUUAAUUGCUAUCUUUCUUUAUCUUAUAAAAGGUUACUGAAAGUGAUUCUUACUGUGCUGAGCUUCAGUCAUACAACUUUUCCAAUCACAGCAGCUCCUUUUGAUCCUUAUUUGGACUGAACGGGCUAUCUGAAGAGUAUGACAUGGGAACAAAGCAGGUUAUGGAGUGCCACUGCUAAUCUUCUAGCGUGCGGCACAUAAAACCGCAAUUAGUACUUAUGACUAAUGUUUCAACACAUUUUUCCUGACGGGUAGAAGUUGAAGAAAGUACCCAGUUCAAUCCCUAAAUGACAUCCUGCACAACGUGCUUGUAAGCAUCCCAUUUCGGGUUCUCUGUUUAUAUAGAAAUAUCAUAUAUUUUGGACCUGUUCUUUAGCAUCCUUGCUGAUGUUUUGCUUUUCUUCAUGUCCAUGUGACUGAGGCUCACUACAUACUCAUACUGGGGCCGACAAGAGUUUGCAUGGGAAAGUAGCAGGUGCCCUUGCUUCCCCCUACCAGGCAUAUAACGUCACAUGGGAUGCAGGCGCUCUGGGUGCAUGCCCAAUCCUGCAAACACAAGAUUUGCACAAUCUCACUCCUGCUCCCCAUCAUGUUGAGUACCUGCAUCUCAUUUGACAUCUGGUUGGUAGGACUGGAACGGUCACACAGCUCCUCUUCCCUGUACUAAGAUCACCUGCCAGUAAAUGAAUUAAAAGAAGAAUAUAUGUAUAAAUCCUGCAGUGUAUUGCAGAGAAAAAGAAAGAAAGAAAGAAACCACUCUCCAACCACCUAUUAUUUAAACGAGUGAUGAAAAGACAGAAGAUUUAUUAUUUUGGGGGACGUCUAAUAGCUAGUUACUCCACUCAGUGUCAAAUUGACAAGUUUCAGAUUUAGUGGGCUGUACCGUUUUCGCUAUAAUUAGUCUAGCUGUAUAACGUUUAACAGGUCUCUGCUUUGCUCAGAUCAGUAUUGUUUUGCAGGAUUAUUUUUUGGGGGGGGGGUAUCUGGAAGUCUGUCCGUCCCCCAGCAACAUUUACUUUCUGUCUAUUAAUCUUCUCAGUAAUUUUUGUUUUAUUGUUUUAAGAAAGCAAGGGACAUGGGUUGCGCUAUGGGUUAAACCACAGAGCCUAGGGCUUGCCGAUCAGAAGGUUGGCGGUUCGAAUCCCCGCGAUGGGGUGAGCGCCCGUUGCUCGGUCCCUGCUCCUGCCAACCUAGCAGUUCGAAAGCACAUCAAAGUGCAAGUAGAUAAAUAGGUACUGCUCCAGCGGGAAGGUAAAUGGUGUUUCCGUGCGCUGCUCUGGUUCGCCAGAAGCAGCUUAGUCAUGCUGGCCACAUGACCCGGAAGCUGUAUGCCGGCUCCCUUGGCCAAUAAAGCGAGAUGAGCGCCGCAACCCCAGAGUCGUCCGCAACUGGACCUAAUGGUCAAGGGUCCCUUUACCCUUUACCUUUUAAGAAAGCAAAGUGCUGGAUCACAAACUGUAUUCAUGAGAUUAUCAGUGUUGAUCAGGCUAAACUGAGGCAGGCAGCUCCGCAUGAAGCAGCAGAUAAGCUGAGAAGCAAAGUUUAAUUCUUUUUUUUACUUGUUGGCAUUAAGAUGAAUGUGAAACAGCUGUCAAGGAGGAAUGAUGGGUAGCAAUUGUGAUCAGAUAACAGGCAGCUAUUGUAACCAUUAAAGUGGGAUGUAUCACUCACGGCAGACACAAUUGCAAGCAAAAAAGUAAUAAAGUUGGGAGUCAUAAUGUGCAUUUGAGCCAUAUUAAGGGAAAGGAGGACUCCACAAUUACAAUUUGUACUAUGGACCUAGGAUAGUCAAGGAAUCUGGACUAUUGCCUUAAAAAAUAUAAAUAACAACUUUUAUGAGUGAUCCUUUCCCUGCCAAAGUCAGCGGCAUAGUGUGAAAAGGAGCAGGAACAUUUCAGUUACUAGUGAAUAGUUUUUAGGCCUGCUCAUAUUCAUGCUUAACAUGAACAGUUCCUCCAGAAUAUAAUCUGCUGCCAGUGCACAUUGUACUUUCACCUUCUUGGAAAACUCAGUGCCUGUUUGCUUGAAGUGUCCAGCAGAAGUUUCUCCUCAAACUUCUCUUUGAAGGAUUGGGCUAUUGCAAAGUUCAAAUCCUAUUAAAGUGUAUCAUUGGUAGAUGGAUAUUUCUGCUUUUCAUUCUUACAGUUUUGAAUGCCAUGUUGUAUCAUUCCAGAAUACUUUCCUGAUAAGAGAUGUAGCAAUGCAAAAGUGCUAGUGUUAGAUUCCACAAAUUAUAUAAUGCUCCGUUGUAAAGUUGAGAAUUAUCUGGCUGAGUCAUCUGUCUUCAUCAACAGCCAAACAAAUGUGUCUGGGAAACACAAGCACAAAUUGGUGGUUGAUGUCUUCCUGCAGGUUGUGAACGAAGUUUGGGCAGCGUGCGUGGUGAUUUUUGGACCAAUUUAUUCCAGAAUUGUCAGCUGCCAGUAAUUUGGUACUUUCUUUCAAACAUAAUGGAGAGUAGACUCGACUUAACAAAUGGUUAGUUUAUUUAGUACUAAUCCAGCCUCUAAAAAUAUAGGUAAUAGGUUACAAAAUGGAAAAUUUUCACAAAAAACAUCAUUAGUCAAGAGUUAAUCUGCUCAGCUUUUAAAAUGCAAAACAUUGUUAAUUAAUACUGUGUACAUACAUUGUAUUUAAAGUACAUUGCUUCUCCUAAGGAAUCCUGGGAACUACAGUUUACCCCACGUAGAGCUACAAAUCCCAGCACCCUUAACAAAUUACAGCUCCCAGGAUUCUUUGUGGGGGAGGCAAUGCGCUUUAAAUGUAUAGUGUACAGUACAGUGGUACCUCUAGUUACGAACUUAAUUCGUUCUGGAGGUCCUUUCUUAACCUGAAACUGUUCUUAACUAGAGGCAUGCUUUCACUAAUGGGGCCUCUUGCUGCCGCUGCGCUGCCAGCACACGAUUUCCAUUCUCACCCUGGAGCAAAGUUCUCAACUCGAGGUAACUCUUCCGGGUUAGCGGAGUUUGUAACCUGAAGUGUUUGUAACUCAAGGUACCACUGUAUAUGCAUCCUUAGAUCAUAUAACUAUUUUAUGCUCAUCUGCCACGCUUCAAACAAUGUAUUUUGCUUCUUUAAUUAACUUAUUUUGUCAGAUGACUGCCACAAAUCGAAAACAUUGUCACACAUAGUUUAAUGCAGGGAUGGGGAAUUUGAAUAAUCCAGUAUGCUGGUUCCUUAAUUCCCCCAUGAGCCAUGUUUGGUAGAUGAGUGGGGCUUCCCACUUGAAAAUCACCUGAUGUCCCAAUGUUGUCAAGUAAUCCAUUUUCCUUUGCCUACGUGGUUCAAACUGCCUGGGCAAAGGAACAAGGCUUUGCAAGUGCCAACAAUCAGCUGAUUGAUGGUGCUUACAAAGGCAUUGUACUCUGCAGUUGCUGCCAGUCUGCUGAUUGGUGAUGCCUGUAGAUCCAGCUUUCCACUGACCCAUGUUUUUACCUGCUUGACAUUCGACAUCAUAUGUCAAGUGUGGGCUAGGUAGCCAUGGCUUGCCUGAGGGUUAGAGGUUCCACACUAUUAUUUAAUGCAAUCAGUAUCCCUGAGUGGAGUUAAGUACAAUGUUACAUGAGUUUCUUUCUAAAAGCUUCUUUUUAUUCACUGUGUGGUUUUUCUCCUGUGUAAAAUAUAUUUGAAGUGCUUGUUUAUUUGAGCUGUCCUUUGCCCUUGAAUUCCCACCUGUUGCAAUGUAGUAGUAUUUAAACCCAAUAUGUAUGUGUUUACCAGAUAUGGUACAAGGUCUACCCACAUAGUUCAGUCGGUGGAGCAUGAGACUCUUAAUCUCAGGGUUGUGGGUUCAAGCCCUGUGUUGGGCAAAAAGAUUUCUGCAUUUCAGGGGCUUGGACUAGGUGAUCCCUUUGGUCGCCUCCAGCUUUACAUUUCUAUGAUUCUAUGUUUUUGUGCUGCUAAUUGGGAGGAUUUGCAGCAGAACAAAUCACUACAAAUGAGUCAUAUUUUGCUAACUCCUCAUCUCUGUUGCAUGACCCACAUUGACAUUACUUGCUGAUCUACCAACUGCAGGCCCCUAACUUGCUUUAAGGUGUUUCCUGUUGUAAAUUUCACUCACACACACAGACACCUGCCUUUGUGUUGUGUUUCUGAAGAUCCAGUAGAGGAUAUAAAAGCCAAGCCUGUCUCUGCAGCUGUCAUAACAUUUCAUUAACUAUUAAAGCUUAACAGUAGGCACUUUGAAUGAAACCUGUUGUCUCAUCUGUGUUUGCAUUUGCAUAAAGCUAGCAGUGAUGAAAGAUGCCAUGUCUCCAUUUUCCUCUUCUCCGUUUUCGAGUCAGUAGCCUUCCUCUUUAUUCAAAAGAUGCACAGUGCACCCUAACUUAAGCUUAGAUAAUGUGAAUUCUCAGGAAUUUUUCAGGGCAGGAGACGGAAGUCUGUUCAUGCAGCUAUAGUAAUAUGCAUGCAAAAUACGUACAUAGGAAUUUAAAUCCCUAGGAGAAGCAUUUCAUAUGGUUGGUUUUCUUUCCAGUGCUUUGCUAUGUCUUUGUCUUCAGAACGCUGACAUUUCUCUUUUGCAAAAAUCUUUCUCUCUAUCAUCCAGUGCGAAGGUAAAACUUUUCACUUCAUGUGUGCCAAUAAACCAAAAGGGAUAAGCUACAACAACAGAUGAAUGUAGCCAACAUAAAGUCCAAAUAGUGAGGUUUAGCAUUUUUCGCUUUAGGUAUGGCAAUAAACCAAACAGUAGAAGUCCAAAGAAUAUUGUUGGCAUGCUACAAGAUCUGCCCACUCUGCCAAGCUAUACCUACAGGAAAGCUGGCAGUGAAGAGGGAGAGCCUGACAGGUCAGGAGCUGGUACCCAGCUGGUCAAACACCAGCCAGUGGAGCUGGUGGGUCAGGAGGUGGACUAUACACAGCUGUUGCAUAUGUUUUAGAUAUUCCACUGCAUUAAACAAUACCAUUAUCCCACAUGAUACCAAGCUCCAUAGAUCAAUGUAAUCAAGACUACAGCUGUGCUACAUUUGAAAAGCAGCAAAUCACCUACAUACUGAGCAGAAAGCUUGAGGAAGUGGGCAGAUUACAGUUCAUGUCACAUUUGUUUAUUAUUGUUAUUAUUAUUAUUAUUAUUAUUAUUAUUAUUAUUAUUAUGAGAUUUGUAUAUUGUCCAUCACCAAAGAUGGUAACAGAGUGGUUGAAAGCAAAAUUAAGUAGUGUGUGUGUGUGUGUGUGUGUGUGUCAAGAAGAUAGGGUGAGAGAUAAAUAACUUGACCAAGAAACUGGGUACAAGACAGUGGUGGGAUCUGAACCCACAACAUCAAACUAUUUGUUUGAUCCCAUGUUUCUCUGCUGCAGCAGAACACCCCUUUCACAGAAAGUAAACCAAUUAAUUUCUGAUCUACAGUUACUCCUUCAAUAAAUUUACUUCAAGUAUCCAUCUGGCGCACGCCUCAAAAUAUGUUGAUUUAUUUGCACCCCAUCCCAAAUUGAUAAACUUGCCCAGCACACACCUUCAAUUCAUCUUUAGUUAAUUUACCUCCAGUUGAUUUUCCAUCCAGAUUCCACUCCAAAUAAAUGCCCCUUCAACUAAUUUACCCCCCCCAUUCUUCAUUACCCCAUCCCUCUAAAUAAAUUCCUCUGAAAUUAAUUUAUAUUCCCAAAUUAAUAUUCUAUCCUGUUCACUUCUUCCACCAAAACACUUUAGGUGGUGCAAGUGAAAGAAAGUUGAAUGACUUUGAGACAGGGUUAUUUCCCCUCUUUAUUUACAGCAAUGUACAAGGUUGUCCAAACAUUUCUUUUUGAUUCACAAUCUAAAAUCCCACCUGGAGCUUUGACAUGUCCAACAGUAGGGAUGGAAAGAUCUGUUAAUUUUGGUUCUCGCAGUUUCUCAUUUUUCCAAUCUAAAAUUUAGUUCUCCACAUUUCUGCAAUAAUAGGUAGAUUUUUAAAAAAAUCCUCAUAAAAUUAUUUAAGCAUGUCUCCUUUGGUAUGCAGUUGUGGCUAACAUACACAGUUUUGCAUUCUUGUAAACAUUGGUUGGGAAACUGCAUUGCAAAAUUCAGUUAAGUGCAAAUUUUGAAGGGUGGCUGUGUGUUUUGAUCUCAUAUUGUUCCAGAAAGUUAACUUCACCAUUGAAUGUGAACUAAACUCAAUCCCCCCACAAUCCCUACUUGAUAGCAGCUUGGUUGUUGUGCUUGGAAACAUGAGCUUCAAAGAACUCUGAGAAAAGAUGCUAUGUGAUGCUGUACCAUCAUUUCUAGAAUCCAGAGAAAAUGACUGGGGAAAAAAGGAUGGCCAGCUUUUUGACAGAAUGCCCUUGGGUCCAGAGAACCAUUGUAGGUCAUCCCAUAAUGUAUUUGCUAGGGUCACUUGAGGCUCCAAUUUGAAAGAACUUGGAAGCUGGACUGCCUAGUUGGUUGUGAUUCAAAAGUAUUAUGAAAGGAAUUGUGAAGUUUUCGGUAGGACCAAGGUGAAACUGUAAAACUCCCCUGUUAUUUUGUUACUGGAUGCUGUAUAUAUAAUCUUUUUAUUUUUAUAGUUCUGAAUUGUUUGUUAUUUGCAUGUUGUUAUGUUUGCUAUUGUGUUGUUUUGCUGUGUUAUUAUUAAAUUAUUUUUGCAGUGUUUGGUUUAGGAAUGUAUUGUUUUCUUGCUUGUAAGCCACUUUGAGAAUGAUUUUUUGUGUGUGGAAAAGUGGCUUGCAAGUAAAACAAAUGAAUGAAUGAAACAGUAUAGGACUACAGGAAAAUUAUUUCUGAAGACCACCUACUACAGAGGCUUUUUUUGCUCAUGUAUCUUAUAUUUUUUUAUUGCACAUUCCAAACUGAGGUUGCUCAGCAAAUUGCACAACAAGACUGACCUGCUCUACACUUAAUUUUCCCAUGAUGCAGAAACAGCUACAUUGCUGCAAGUCAGUCUGUGCACUGUUGAAUCGGUGAUUAUAAGAUCAUGAUGUCUGUUGCAUCAGUCCUUAAGGGAUUCUUUUCAUGACACCAGGGGUAUUGCUUGCAAGUCAGUGGCUUUAGAAUUGUUUAUUAUGAACCUAAUGGCUUUGCCGAAGAAAAAUGAGACUACUAAUACAGUAAAUUAAGUUCUGUUAAAUCGCAGCUGUAUAAUAUCAUUCACACUGGAUUUUUUUCUGGUAUUGCCUUGCCUUACAGCUAAAAACUGAGAAAACGUUUGAUCAGCACCACAGAGCAGUGUGUUACUAAAUAGGGAUACAUACAUGGUGGGAAAGUCAUCUGAAGGACAUUGAUAAUUAAGAUUCUUCUCUCAAGCGAAACCUGUGAAACUGCUUCGGUUAAUUCUGCUGUUAAAAUAUAGCAUAGCACUGCUAAGUAUUGUUGUGAUUAGCAAUGUCUGAACUGGUAAUACCAGUAAUUGCUACAGUAUGUGCAUAUAUUCUUCUUUAAUUCCCCUAACCUAUCUGAACUUUGUCUUCUACAGCUUGUUUUCUUUUAAUUCCCGAGCUUUUAUGCUUUUAACUUGGAUUUAAUUGGUGGCUUAUUGUGAUUCUGAUAAUAGAUCUGUGUUUUGGAUAUGUUAGGAUUUAUUAUUAUGGCACUGUGCCCAUCAGAUUGGUAUGGGGCAAUGACCCAGAAAGAGGCGUUUUCUGUGGGUGGCCCUGUAAUCUAGAAUACCUUUCCCUCUGCAAGUCUCAAGGUAAUCUGUUUUAGGUGCCUCCUGAAAAUGUGUCAGGUGGAAUUCAAUGUCAUUUCAGAAGUAUUUCAGCUUUUCUCUGUUGUAUUUCACUAGGAAGCGGGUGGCGCUGUGGUCUAAACCACUGAGCCUCUUGGACUUGCCAAUCAGAAGGUUGGCAGUUCGAGUCCACACGAAGGGGUGAGGUCCCGUUGCUCUGUCCCAGCUCUUGCCAACCUUGCAGUUCGAAAACAUACCAGUAGAUAAAUAGGUACCACUGUGGUGGAAAGGUAUACGACAUUUCCGUGCUCUCUGGCACUCGUCACAGUGCCCUGUUUUACCAGAAUCGGUUUAGUUAUGCUGGCCACAUGAUCCAGAAAGCUUUCUGCAGACAAACGCCUGCUUCCUUGGCCUGAAGCAAGACGAGUGCUAUACCUGAUAGUCAAAUUUUACUGGACUUAACUGUCCAGGGAUUCUCUACCUUUACUGUAUUUUGCUGUUUUCUGUAUUUAUUUUCUGUUGUGUUCUUAUGUAUAAUGGUUUCAUAUUAUGUUGUUACAUUAUGUUUUAGUUCAGUAGUGGGGAACCUCCAGGCCUAAUUAGACCCUCCAGGCCUCUCCAUUUGGCCUAUGAGAUAGUUUUGAGAAAAACAAUCCCAUUUGGCCAUCCCAUGUCAUCAUGUGGCAUCAGGUGCUGGACUUGGGAAGCCAUGGUGCCACAUUCCAAAGGAAGAACUGGGGGUGCACUAUAUAAGUAGGGCUGGGGAACAGAUUUGAUCCAAUUCACAUUUAAAGGCGAAUCUAUCUAAUUUGCAGUUUCCAAAACAAUAUGAGAACCAAAACACAGCCAUUCUUCAAAAUCCACACUUCUGAUUUUGCAGUUGAAUUGUCCAGACAACUAAUGAGUAUUAAAAAAUGCAUUUACUGCUAGGGUGAACUGUGUAUUAAAAUGCAUACAUUUGUAAAAGCGACAUGCAAAAUGUAUUAGGGGAAAUUGCUUUGCAACCAAGAGUAUAUUAAGAAAACUGCAAACACAAAUGUCUAUAUUAAGAGAAAUUCGCAUUAGAGAGCUGAUGAAUGGAGUACAGGAUCAGGUUUAAGGUGCUGGUUUUAACCUUUAAAGCCCUAUACGACGGCCUAGGACCCUCGUACCUACGGGACCGCCUCUCCUGGUUUGUCCCACAGAGGACCUUACGGUCUUCAAAUAAAAACAUCUUGGAGAUCCCAGGCCACAGGGUGGUUAGGCUGGCCUCAGCCAGAGCUAGGGCUUUUUCGGCCGUGGCCCUGAUCUGGUGGAACGCUCUGUCACAAGAGACUAGGGCGCUGCGGGACUUGACAUCUUUCUGCAGGGCCUGCAAGACAGAGCUGUUCCGCCUGGCCUUUGGCCAAGGCACAGUCUGACCCCCUCUCUCCUUCUGUAAUCUUCACAGAACUCUAGCCCAAUGCUUGCCAUUAAUUUGAUUCUGAACUGAUUUUAGAAUGUAUUACAAUUAAUUGACUGUGAUUUUAUGUAAACUGUGCUAUUUUUACUGUUGUUAGCCAUUCUGAGCCCGGCUUUGGCUGGAGAGGGUGGGAUAUAAAUAAUUUUUUAUUAUUAUUAUUAUUAUUAUUAUUAUUAUUAUUAUUAUUAUUAUUUUAAAUAAUGCAAACUGGAGUGUAAAAUUAAACUUAAGACAGGGAAAAAUGAGAAAUUAAGGGAAACUAAAAUUGAGAUUUGCCUAUCUGUAAGUAUGUUUCUGGUCCUUCCUUUCUUGUCAGUUCUUCAAUUUGGUGAUUGUUGAAUUCAGUGACUUUUUCUGUUGCCCUGCAUAGUGACCAAAAGAGGUGCCAAUUCAAAAGGCACUGAAUUCAAGGUGGAAAGGAAGAAUCAGGAGUGCACUCAGAGAGUGCUCCAAAUUCUGCCUUCACAGCUACAGCAAGUAAAUUUAAAUCAUCUGAUAUCCUAUGACUGGUUCACUCACCUGUCCAACUGGCUUGUGAAGGGUGGAACAGUUCCUGAUUCAACCUACUCCUGUUCCCAACACCUGUUCAACUGUAUGCUACUUGGAUAGCUUUUAAUGUUAAGUAGUUUUGAAAUUUUCUAAAUAAAUAAAAUCAAAUAUUUAUUGUAUUUUCUCACGUAUAAGCUGCCCUCGGUGUCUGGGAGAGCAGAAAAGCAAGAUAAUGAAGAAGAUAAGAAUAAGAAUAAGUAAAAAUUUUGUUGAACUCAAGAUCCAAGUGCUUUUCUCCCCUAAUAGGAGAUCAGUGUUGUCCACGUUGAUAGCAACAACCCAUAUACAUGUACUGUAUAUGCUGCUUCAUGUAUGUAUUUGUGGGGAGCCCCAUAGGGGACAAAACAUGCAUCUUAAGCAUAUGUUUCAAGUAACAAAGCUAUUCUUGAGAAGGAACGAGCUGCCAAAGUUCUUUUCAAAGCCGAAAAAGAAAAGCACAGUUAAAGAAUUUGUGGUUAAAGAGAUUAUAAUUUUCUUUUUCAGGUAUCAUGACCAACAGGAUGUUACUAGCAACUUCCUUGGAGCAAUGUGGUUGAUUUCAAUAACUUUUCUCUCCAUUGGAUAUGGUGAUAUGGUACCUAACACAUACUGUGGGAAAGGAGUCUGCUUGCUUACUGGAAUAAUGGUGAGUGCCCCUAGUUUUAAUUUCCACAUUUCUUGUGAGUUUCUUGGGUGAAUUGUUUUCAGAACAACUUCACUGGUUUAACAACAUGUAUUAUUAAUGUAAAAUUGUUUGUUAAAUCUUUGGUCAUUUGUAUACUACUGUCCAUAGACCGGUACAUGUCUAUACAGGUGUCCUAUUGAGUUCUGUGGGACUUAUUCCCAGGUAAGUAGGUUGCACCCAGACUUCCCAUCAUGGUUAGAGUAUACUGAUUGAGAUAAUUGAUUCCAUUGAUUUCAGCAGUCUGUUCUAAGCAUGAUGAAACAUGGCUCCAACCCAGUAUUUAUAGGAUUACAGCAUGACACUCCUGAUCACUGUCUUCGGGAAUUCACUUCCUGCUUUUCUUAGGAAAUGUUUACAAACUGAGAUAACAGCUUGAUAUUCUGAGCAUCAAAUAUCUCAGCUACCAUUCAUGUCAUAUAUGGCAAUCACCACAUUUCUGCCUCUUCUUUUUGCUUCCCGUGAAUUAUAAUGUCAGACCUACUAGUUUCUAAAUUUGUCUUACAAUAGACUGAGUGAUCUUGCUUUUAUGAAACUGCUGUAGUGGUUUCCCCUCUAACAUCUUUGCAUUAAUACAUCCAGUGCUUUUUUUUUCCUGGGGGGACGCAGGGGUACACAUACCCCUAAAAUUUUUGAGAAUCUAAGUUUGGCCUCAUUGAGAGGCAGUAUUUCAAUAUGGGUAGGAAAAUGAGAGUACCCCUAAACAUUUUAUUAGGGAAAAAAAGCACUGGAUGCAUCUAUUAUUACUGUAUACUUCAUUGCUAUAUGCAGUGGCAGUGAAAAGGGCAAAUGCGGUAAUAAGAAAAGAAUUGGGGGGUUUUUUUAAGCCAAGUAUAAUAAUAAAAUUAUAUCUAUCUUUGGUUCUCCUAAUGCUAUAUUUUUAAAUAAUUUGUACCCUGAUUUUUUCUUUAUCAGUGAUAAUGCAAUGAUUUAAAAUGAAAAGAAAAACAUUGCAAUCCCAAUUAAAAUAAUUUGUAUGCAUAAAAUACAUUAUAAAGGCUUUCUGAAGAACCUGAAAACGGCAGACCUCUCUGGGUUCAACAAUCCUGGCUGCUCUACCAAGAAGUUUCUGUUAUAACUGCACAUCUACUGAACUUUUUUUUGGCAGUGGCAUCUAGAGCAAGGCCUUGGAUGUUGAAUAGAGGGCACAUGGAGGCAUAUAUGGAAGAAAGUGGCCUUUAAUAUGCUUUCAUAUACUCCAGUGGUAGCUGGAGUUUCUGAACACUUUUUAAGAGCUGUCACACAUGGAGUACAUAAUGGUAGUUUUGCCUAGGGAGCAUUAGGAUAUGACUGACCGUGCCGAGGGCUGACUUUGCUGGGAAGGGGCACCCCAGAAAAUUGUAUAAUGGGAAUCCUGAAUAAUGCCCUCUCCAUUUGGGGGCCAGCUGAAAUAGUGAUUUGAUAUAGUGGCCUACUUUAUAGAGGAAGACUUAGACUGCAAUCCAGACCCCCUUCUGCUGGGUUGGGUGAGGGGCAUUGGAGUGAUCUGAGGUGUCGCUCCACUUUCUUCUACUGGUUAAGCUGGUCAUCUGCUGGUCACCAAAUGGGUGGGUGGGUGGAAAGCCUGCCAGUGUUAGCUGAUUCAUACAAAUAAGUGGCUACAGCUACUUUUCUGUUUAACUACACAUAUAUUUCUCUAUGUGACAAAUUGUACCCACCUCUCUACAUGGAGCCUCUGGGAAUCCCUCACAGGACUUCUUGCCCCUGUUUGAAGAGGGUUUGUUCUGGCCUGUUGACAAUUUCCUUAAAUGAUCAAAAAAGCAAUAUUCAAAAACUCAGAAGGAUCUGACAUGGUAGAUAACGUGAUAGCCCUACUGUAGAAUCCUGAGGACACUGCAGUAAUUCCCACAUCCAAAAAACCAAGAUGUCUGAAUCAGUCAUAAACUGUCCAGAUUAAAGACACCCAAAUACAGUGGAGUGGCGAAUGUAAUAUAUCUAGCCUUCUCUCUCUCUCUCUCUCUCUCUCUCUCUCUGGAAAUCAUUUUUAUUUGGUUUUAUAAGUACAAAGUUAUAAAAAUCCAAAUAUAUGUCCAUCUACAGAGAUUCCUCUGAAUCUCACGACUUCCCUCCACCCCUUCCAUGGGGUCCUACUUAGAAGAUUUACAACUGCAUAUUCUUCAACACACUAACUUUUAUAUCAAUCCAUAUUGUCCAUGGUAUUUGUUACACUACAAGUGAAAUCAAAAUCCUGCCAGUCCACUUACAGUGGUCUCCUAAAUAACUUGUAAAUUUUUCCCAUUUUUUAAAUAAAGUUUUUGUCCUCUUGGUUUCUGAGUUUUCCAGUUUUGUCAUUUCAGCAUAGUCCAUCAACUUGGUUUGCCAUUCCUCUCUGAUAGGGACCUUGUCUUCUUUCCAUCUCUGGGCUAGUAACAUCUGGGCGGCUGUUGUUCCAUACAUAAAAAGUCUUUUCUGCUCCUUUGGAAUGUUAGUACCUAUAAUUCCUAAUAAGAAAACUUCUGGGGUUUUUUUUUUUAACAAAGGUUAUUUUAAACAUUUUUUUCAUUUCAUUAUAUAUCAUCUCCCAGAAAGCUUUUAUUACCUUACAAGUCCACCACAUAUGAUAAAAGGUACCUUCUUUUUCUUUACAUUUCCAGCAUAUAUUUGUACUUGUCCUAUACAUUUUUGCCAUGUCUCUUUCUUUCUCUAUCUCUAUGGUGUAGGGCUAACACACGGGAUGUAUCAGAACACAGCUGUUGAGGACCGAAUACUGUGAAGAGAAGUUAUGGAGCAAUUACACUAGAGCAUAUGAGUAAAUACUGUAGUAAUAAUGGUAAUAUUGCACAUGAUCCAAGGAAACAUAAGCACUUUAGGCCCCAUUUAUUUUUAGUGGGAGAGUGACACGCAUACUGAAAUAUAUCCAUCUGAAACCCAGAAGCUUAAAAAUGCUCAGGAGUAAGGAAUUGUACUCUUCAAUUGUAUCAUGUCUCUAGUGUACUUUAUGAGUUAGCUAGUAUUGUAAACAGAGGUGUGCGUGAGAUUUGAAUCCUGAGCCAAAAUGGAGUGCCUCAAAGGACUGUUGGGCUUGUCAGAGGCAAAGUAGGAACUCUAUGCGGUAGCAAAAAAUCAGAGUCCCUGGGGCGCCUUAGCAAUCCAGAUGUCAAAAAAAAGGUUGCAGAGAAGUAUCUGCUAAAAUCAAAACUUUUUUUUAAGGUACCUGGCAGAACUUCCCUGCAUCUAUUUGUCAUUUGGCAGACUUUAUCCACUCUGUAGGGGUUAGCAUGCUUGCAAAUACCAUCUACUUCUGCCAGAAGGGAUAAAGGGUUGUUUUGUUUUUCCAGUAAUGAAAUGGAGGGAAGGGGGGAAAUGAAACUGAUUCGGAUGGACCUUGAGGCAAACCAACCAAUGUACAAAGCACUUCAGAUUGAUGCCGGCUAUUUUCCAAAAUGCUGAACCAAAUCUUGUGGUCAGUGCACACCCCCGCUUCUAAACACGUUCCAUAGAAAAUAUUGUAGCCUUAUAUUUACCACCGUUAUUAUUUUGGGUGACAUAAUACGGUCAUGUAUUUUCUGCACUGGGGGAUGAUGGUUCCCUGGAUAGGCUCAAGACAAAGGGCAUUCUGAGAUGGCAUUAACGUUGGGGAUUGGAUCGCUUCAGCAUUCUGAAUUAUCCAUGAAUGUGAGAUACUUCAAACCAUGCUGACUGGGGGCAUUCAGCGGAGCUCAUAAGGAUCAUCUUGCGCUAUGCUCUUUAUAUGGUUUACUUCCUGUUACCUUUCCUUUGAGUACUUUCUGCAGUCCUACUUGAGCAUUAAAGCCACCAAGAGUAGCUGAGGCAACCCAGUCAGAUGGGCAGCCAAUAAUAAUAAUAAUAAUAAUAAUAAUAAUAAUAUAAUGAUUUAUUAUUCCCCAGCCAGUCUGGGUGGCUUCCAACAAAGAUUAAAAAUACAUCAAAAUGUCACACAUUAAAAACUUCCCUAAACAGGGCUGCCUUCAGAUGUUUUCUAAAUGUCAGGUAGUUGUUUAUCUCUUUGACAUUUGAUGGGAGGGCGUUCCACAGGGCGGGCGCUACUACCGAGAAGGCCCUCUGCCUGGUUCCCUGUAGCUUUGCUUCUCGCAGUGAGGGAACUGCCAGAAGGCCCUCGGCUCUGGACCUCAGCAUCCGGGCAGAAUGAUGGGGGUGGAGACACUCCUUCAGGUAUACUGAAUAUAUUAUUAUUAUUAUUAUUAUUAUUAUUAUUAUUAUUAUUAUUAUCAGCAUUAUCAUCAUCCAGGAGUAUGGGGAGCUUCCACCUGGAAGAGUGCAAUAUACUAAGUCACAGCGACAUCGAUGAAACAGAGAGCAAUUGUUCAACACCACGGGCCCAUCUUCCAUUAAUGCAAAAUAAACAGGAUCAGGGUCAGCUUGCGGGGAGGGCUGACAGUAUGCAACACACUUCCCAAAACUCCCAACAAUGGGGCAUACCUGGAAGGUGAGGGCCAGGUGGUGAGAAAGUCAGGCAUAUGCAGGCGCUAUGGUGGAGGCAGUCCAGCGCUGCUUUUGGUGCAUCCACACAGCACCAGUCUCCCUGCCGCUUUGCCUCUCCCCCUCCUAAGAUGCUAGUGCCAGGAGGCAAGGUGUGUGCAAACAGCUCUCCCUGCUGGCUGCUCCCAAAGGGAUACGUACCAAAGGGAACAAAAGAGCUGUGUUCAGUACAGUGGUACCUCGGGUUAAGAACUUAAUUCGUUCCGGAGGUCCGUUCUUAACCUGAAACUGUUCUUAACCUGAAGCACCACUUUAGUUAAUGGGGCCUCCUGCUGCUGCCACCGCGCGAUUUCUGUUCUCAUCCUGGAGCAAAGUUCUUAACCCGAGGUACUAUUUCUGGGUUAGUGCAGUCUGUAACCUGAAGCGCCUGUAACCUGAAGCAUCUGUAGCCUGAGGUACCACUGUACUGAACAACGGCAUGUGGAGAGGAAGCAAGAUUUACCAAUUCCCGAGGAGAAGGCAUACAUAAAUGUUACGACUAUGUGGGUAGUUCAGCUCAGAUACCUUGACGUGAACAAAUGGAAGCAAUGAUUUGUGCAGCGCAUAAUAAGUUUAUAUCAACAUGAUAUUGUCAUAGCCUCUAAUAUAAGUGGCUUUCGAACGACCGUUCCCCGUUUCAUAGAGAAUUGGCCUAUUAAUAGCUUAAAUGUCAUAACUUGGAAUAGAACUUCCAUCUUCAGGGAUCAUAUAUCUUUGAUUAUGAGAUACCGAAUACAACAAUGGAUGGCAGACUUGAUUUUCUCUUGCUUGUAGCGUUCCAGAGAAGUAGAUUCAACAUUCUGAUGUUCAAUGAAUAAUUGAAUAUAGAUAGCAUAAGACAAAUUUUCACUGGCAGGUCACAGUUCCCUUAAUGUCUCAAUAUUUUAUCUUACUGUAGCUCAAAGUGAGGGUCUCUUCUCUUGACGACCUCGUCCAUUGUAGCCACAGGAGAACACUGGGAGAAAUUAAGGAUCACCCAGAGGCAAUUGUUAUGUCAGGGCAAACAUUUUGGCUUGCCAGGCAGAACAAUCCCUGUUCUCUCCCCGCACAAUGUUCCUAGAGUUCUCUCACCACCCGCAAGUGGAUAUCCUUGUGUGGGGCUUUCACUGGCAGAACUCACUGGUUGAAUCCUGCCCAUUUUACAUAUAAGGAGACAGUCACAUAGAUGCCACACAAACAGCAGGUGCAAGAUUGUGCUUCAUUGGUCUUUGAUGCAGUAAUGAAAGUGGCUGAAAAGUAUGCCAAAAUUGUAUCUAGGCUGAAUCUUGUCCAUGCCCUUAGUACAUACUAGGGAUGGGGGAGCACUUUGAUUAACUUGACAUUUAAAAGUGAACCUACCCAAUUUUCACUUUCCAAAACAAUCUGCAAACCAAAACACAGCUUAUGAAAAUUCACACUUUUCGGAAUUUCGCAGUGCAAUUCUGAAGGUGAGAAAUGUCCCCCAGAAUGCAUAUUUUGGUUCAAAGUGUACAUGAAAUGCAAAUAUUGGUGGGGAAAAAAGCAUAUCAAAUGCACUACAUUAGGGAGAGUUUGCUGUGCAAAAUGUGUGUAUAAAGCAAAAUUGCAUACACAAACGUGCCUGUUAGGAGACAUUCACAUGAAAAUGCUGGAGAAUUUUCAUGAGGCCUUUAAAAAAAUAAAUAAAUUGCAAACUGAUGUGGAAAACUGAACUCAAGACUGGAAAAAAUGAGCGAUGGAAAGAAACAGAAAUUGACAGACUCACCCGCCCUUAGUAUACACACACACGCCUUAUAAUGAAUUGAUGGUCUGACUACCUGCAAAUGAUAGUGUUUCAAUCUUGCAGUCUUCCACACACAGAUGGUCUAAAUCAGCGGUUCUCAACCUGUGGGUCCCCAGAUGUUGUUGGACUACAACUCCCAUCAUCCCUAGCUAGCAAGGCCAGAGCUCAGGGAUGAUGGGAGUUGUAGUCCAACAACAUCUGGGGACCCACAGGUUGAGAACCGCUGGUCUAAAUUUUUCCCUACUUUGGGGAUGCUGGGGAACCCAGACAAUUUGGGUCCUUUCCAUAAGUGCAAGCACACCAACUCCUAGGGGCUGAGGCAGUUUCGGUCCCCAAUAUGUAUUUUUUUAAGGGGAUGGGCCCCCUCAGUAUUCAGAGGACGUUGUGUGGCAUCACUUUGGGACCCCCAAUCCUCUGGAGAAGCUGGUGCCUCUGGAUAAGUGCCCUUCACCACAUGCCCCCUACUGCCCCAGAGCUGUCCCUGAACAUCCUCUCCACAUGCCCCAUGCUGACAUCAGAGCUCUGAUGUUGUUUGGGCUCAGAGUGGGGACCCGACAUCACUCUCACUUUCAUAGCUCUGUCUCCAGUGUCAGAGAGUAGUGUUGGGAUCCUGCCAGGGAGACGGAGGCAUCAGGCAGGCCCCCAGUUGUCUCAGGACGAUCACCGGUCUCCCGUGGAACAGCAUCAGUCAAUUAGGGACACGAGCCUCAGAGACAUUCCAAGACCCGUGCACACCCUUUCAGCAGAGUCUCCAUAAUGAAAGAUGCAUACAGGAGAGCAUAUUUACAGCUUUAUUCAACAUUGUUCAGAACAAAGGAAAAACAUGACUGCUUGCCUCCGUGUCCAGGAAAAACAGCCAGAAAAAAAGCUAUAUACAAACAGAAGUUCCCAGCAAGAAGCUGGAAGUAAACAAGCAUGUGACACACAACAGCCUUUUCCCUUUUAAGGUGGAACGGAACUAUAUCCUAACAAGUAGGACCCAAGGUAUCCCGUGUCCCUGAGACUUUCUCCCAGGGACCAUAGCAUUGAAGCUUCAGUGACUUCGACCAAGUUCUGCAUUGUGGAGAAAUUAAGAACUUAUUAUAUACCUUUGUGGUUUUUUGACGAUUGAGAAAAAAUGCUUAAUGGCUGCCAUUUUUUCUGGGAGGGGGAUGUUCAAUUCUUAGAGCUAUGUAAAUUAUUUUUGGUAUCAACAACAUAAUUAGCUUUGCUAAUAAGGGAUUGAAUUAUACGUUUCUUUUAGGAAGGUUCAGAAAAGGCCAAUUGAAAAUUGCUGAUGUAAUAAAAACUUGAAUAAUUAAAAAGGGAAAGGGAAAGUAGUAGAUACCAGUGAAACAUAAACAAUAUAACAGUAUUUCCACUGCCUUAGAAGUCUAAAAAGAUCGUAGAUAGAAAUAUUCCAGUCAGAGAUGAUUCACUGUUGAAAGUCUCUCUCACUCUCAGUCGGAGGUUGCUUUGAGCAUGGGAGCGAAGAAUUCCCCAACUUUCUGCCCUGUCUAUGCCUUCCUUGCUCAUGGGUGAUUGUGCAGCACAACCUCUGAGCAAACUAAGGCACAACUUGUGCUAGUCAUUGCCAUGCCACAGACCUCCCUAAGCAAGAGAAUUAAAAAGUAGUUUGCACCGCCUUAUACACAUGUUGGAUUUCAGAUUUCUAUCUGCUGUAGGGGUACCUUUGUUACUAUGACACCUCCGCCCAUGGAACAGCAAAUCAUCAAGACCCAAGCACAUUUAGAUAUUGCAUGCUCCUGCGCCUAAAAUGCCCAUUUUUUUGUAUCCAGUUCUGUCUAAUAUGCACAUUUUUUGUGACACAUUUCCCCCUAAUGGAAUACAUUUCUGUUUGCUACUUCCAGGCUGCAGCUUCUUGUUGCAGAAGGUCUCACUUGUCUUAAAACCUAUCUCAGGGAUGGAUUUUGCUCUCAUUUCUCCAAUAAUUGCUUCUUUUACAAUAUUUUUUUUUUAGCCGCAACGCUUUUUUUAACUGGCCCAUUCGGUUGGCUCUCCACCUAGGGAUCCCAGAAUGAAUGGAAUGUCUAUUUAAAUUCUUACAGGCCUUUCAUUUUAUUCAGAGGAGAAGGCGGAUUGUUGUGCAUUUUCUGGUGAGAACUAAAUUUCCCAUCAUUGUCUGUAAAGCGGACCUACUUUCUUCUUCUUUGGAUCCCAAGGGAAAUGAGCAAGAAAUGGGUCAGCUACCUUUUCCCAGGCACAGGCAAGUAUAGAAGAGUAUUUUGUGGGCAAAGACAGAAAUCUGCCUCUUAUUUGGCUGAACUCAAAACUGCUUGAGAGAUCUAGAAGGAGCGGGAGAGUUCAGUGGUGUUUUCCUGAGAGUCAUAAAGGAGAGUACCUAACGCAGAGGUCAGCAACCUUUUUCAGCCGUGGGCCGGUCCACUGUCCUUCAGACCAUGUGGUGGGCCGGACUAUAUUGGGGGGGGAUGAAUGAAUUCCUAUGCCCCACAAAUAACCCAGAGAUGCAUUUUAAAUAAAAGCACACAUUCUACUCAUGUAAAAACACCACAGGCCCCACAAAUAAUCCAGAGAUGCAUUUUUUUUUAAAGGACACAUUCUACUCAUGUAAAAAAACGCCGAUUCCCUGACCAUCCGCGGGCCGGAUUGAGAAGGCGAUUGGGCCAUAUCUGGCCCACGGGCCUUAGGUUGCCUACCCCUGACCUAACACGUAGCCAGUUGACUUUCAAACUUGACUGCUCUCUCAUUUUGCUCUCUGGAAGUGUGUGUCUUAAUGAUAGGCAACAGAUGUUUGAAAAAAAAUGUAUUUUCUCCUUAUCACUAAUUUAUUAAGAUUUUAAAAAUUAUCUAUAACUAUAAAUAAUAUAAAUAAAGGAAGAGGGUGGGGACUACAGUUUAAGCAAAACUUUUGAAAAACAGAUAUCUUUUGGGGGAUUAAAAAACACUAUCAGGAAGAAGAGGAGCAAAGGCAGCUGUGUUGGGCCAUAAGAAAAACAAAUCGUAGUAGGGAAAUAUCUUUAUUACCUCAGCAAAAUGCCACAAAUUAGUGAUCAAACUUUUGAGUUCUUUAAAGCCCUUUAUCAGGCUUAGGUGUUAAGGAAAAUUUUGUGGGGAGGAAGGCUGACUUUGCGUUGAAACCAUAAAGUUUACAUUGGUAUUGGUCUUUAGCUGAAGUGUAGGACAAGAUAGCAGAUUUAUCAUAUAAGGUUCUUCUAGGUGCUUUGCAGUUUUUAGAUUGCACCUAGAGAUCCUAAGAGGAAGAAAUAGACAAAUAGACAUUGGCCAAUUCCCAAUUUUUUAACAGAUAUAAAAUCCAGCAGUUCUGUAGCUUUAAGCAAAACACACAUAGGGAAAUGUGGUAAUUUUUAUAUUUGCAGAGCUGGAGAUUAAUUUUAGGUAGUGUACUAGGUUAAAAAAAGAGUAAACUGAAGUCAAAUUAAGUAGCUUUUCCUAGCGGCUGGAAGGGAAUUACCUUCAGAAAAUAAAGCCCCAGCUCCCUAUGCUAUAAAAUCCUCUUCCUCCAGUUUAGGAUACUGUUUUUGAAUGGCUGAAUUCAAUACUCUCCAAGUCAUUCAAAAAGGAAAACUAGCUGUGUUGGCCUGUAAUAAAAAAUGCAUUAAAAGAAUAUCUAAGAAUUAAAAUUUGUCCAAAUUGUUGCAGUCUUUAAGGAGUUUGCUGGGCAGAGUUAUUGAAAACCCAAAUGCUUUUUUCACUCAGGAUAUGGAAAAUGAUAUUUCAUGUUACUCAUUCUCAAGUUGCAUACAUUGAAAUACAUGCACUGAUUUUAUAUACAGUGGUACCUCUGGUUACAUGCUUAAUUCGUUCCGGAGGUCAGUUCUUAACCUGAAACUGUUCUUAACCUGAAGCACCACUUUAGCUAAUGGGGCCUCCUGCUGCUGCCGCGCCGCCGGAGCACGAUUUCUCUUCUCAUCCUGAAGCAAUGUUCUUAACCCGAGGUACUAUUUCUGGGUUAGCGGAGUCUGUAACCUGAAGCGCAUGUAACCUGAGGUACCACUGUAUGUAAAUGAGCAAUAUACAGUAGCAAAGAACUAUACAUAAAUGAGACAUGCAAGCCAAGCCAAAGAAUCAGAUCUGUCACUUGUCUUAUGGCACUGGUUCUCAAACUCUGUUCUCUGGGCCACACCUUCAGAAUAAAAAUGUGCUCACGCCACACCAAAGUUUUUAUUGAUAAGAAAUACAUUGCAAAACAAAAAGAAACAACUCCUAUCAGUGCUUGAUUUUUAACAUAGGACUGAACUAAUCUGAGACAUACAAACUCUUCAUAAACACAAAGAAGCCUCUCUCUUUUCUUUCAUAUUCGUCAGGUUGAAAAUCCCUGCUCACAACAAUUUGACGUGAAGAACUGUAGAAGAAUAGGCAAUGCUGUUCACCAGCACUCUGUUUGAAUGGCAAUUCCAAAUCACAACUAGGAUUAUGGGUUCAUGUUCAUGUAUAUCAGACAGAUAUAUUCUCUCAGUUAAACUAGUUCCGUCAUCCUUUGUUGUGUCUUGAAUUCUGCGCAAGUGGCUAACUCCUGUCCCCGUAUUUUAUAAGUUCCAUUAGAUCAGGGGCUGUCAACCAUUUUGGGCCCAUGGGCCCAUCUGCAAACAGGAGAAACUGUUGCCCCUCCACACACACAACCAAGCAGACGUUGCAGCUUGUUCUAUUGGGUGCAACAUAAUACUUCUGUCAAGUCAAACUUCAGUGUGUGUAGUGGGGGGGUUACCCUGUGGGAACCAGGGAAUGCCUGUGAGCAUAUGUGUACCUAUGUAGAUAAUCCCUGUGUUGGAUUUUCAAGGGGGAAAGUAGGAUUUAGUAAAUAUCAGAACUAUUCCAUGCCGCACAUAAAGAUGAAACUGAACUACAACUCUGAAUCCAAAUUCUGAGUUGGAUGCCGCAGUGCCCUUCCACAGUUAGAAGCCACAGAAGAAGGGGUGUUUUGUGUCAUUUCAUGAGGAAAGCGCAACUAAAUUCGGAUAUGCUCUGCUUCUUGCACAAUGUGCUGUGGAAGCAGCAGCAUGAGAACAGCUGUAGAACCAAACUGCUAUAGAAGUGUGAGAUUUUCUGCAGACAGUUGUGAUUGUUUUCCUCCUGCUUUGAAUUCAGCCAGCUGUAAUUUUUAGUUCUGGACCCAAGCACUGUGGCUCCCUGAUUUGACUUACACUAGCAUGUGGACAAAUGAAUCAUCUUAAGCCAAAUCUCCAUGCUUAACUAAAUCUUGUACCGUGUGUGUGUGUGUGUGUGUGUGUGUGUGUGUAUUGUGUUUUGUUAAAGGACUCCUAGCUACUGGUCUUCACCUAGACAUCUCAAGAUGUUCCCUCUAUUCAUUGUGAGCUUGGUGACAUUUUAACAAAGGCUUUCUUUCUCCGAAGGUUAAUUAGUCAUUGAAGUACCAGCUGUAGCAUAUAAUCAUUUGUUGGAAAUGGUUAAGCUUCUGGAGAAUAUGCUGCACAGACCGUGUAUGGCAGGGAGGAGCCGUGGAGUUCAAAAAUAAUUUACAUGUUUUUGAAGCUCUUUUGUACAUUUAUGGAGGCCUGACUUUUUUCUUUUUAAAAAAGAAACCUCUUUAUAUCAUGAAUCACAGUUUGUUCUAAGCUUUUCCAGAAAAAAUGGAUUCAUACUUGCCCUGACUCUGAUCCAGUACCAAUAGGUAUGAUUCCCCCUAUUAAAAAUGAGAGGGUAGACUUGAAAAGGAAAGCAGAGUAUAUGGAAGACAGAAUAGAGCUUGUAUUGUUGGGAAAAUGGGAACACAAUAGUUCAGGAAGCAAAAGUGCAGCUAUUCAUUUGUCUUUUAAAAAAGAGCUACAUAACGCUUCGUGCCAAUCCCUUCUUUCCCGAAACUAGUUUCUAUGCAACUAGUUCAGCCAGGAAACUGGAGGUGGAUUCAGUCCCUGAAAGAAAAGUAGGUGGUUUCUAGAAAAACCAGUGUGUGUGUGUGUGUGUGUGUGUGUGUGAGAGAGAGAGAGAGAGAGAGAGGGUUCCAAAGGCUGAGAUCUCUGCUACUGCAGGUGCUGAGAAUCCCUUAGUGCAAGUAUAUCUUCCUGACGAAAGACUUACAGUAUUUUGUUAUGCACAUCUUCUUCCCAUGACAGACUCUCCUAGAUGUUCUAGGCUGUUUUAUUUAACAUGGUUUCAUUCAGGCUCUGAAAAGGGGUUAGACAUAAUAUAUCGUGGACAUAAUAUAUCUUGAUUUCGGCAAUUGACAGUCUUCCUUGCUGACAAGGUAGUGAAAAGUGGGCUGGAUACUACUCCAGUUAGGUGGAUCUACAACUGGUUGAAGAACCAUACCCACUGGGUGCUCAGUAAUGACUCUGUGUCAGCCUUGAGGGAAUUCUCAAGUGGGGUGCCACAGGGUUCUAUCCUGCGCUCUCUGCUGUUCAGCGUAUUUAUAAAUGUAUUUGUGAGAGUGUGCAUGAGAUAAAUUUGCCUUAUAGAGGAAAAGUUCAUUAAAGUCUUGUGAAGAGCAUCCCAAAUAUUCAUCUUUACAAGGAUUUGUAGAGCUGCAGUGUAUUUCAAUACAAAUCAAAUAUUAAUGUCAAUAAAUGUUUAAUGUAUAGAAUCCCUAUAAACUGUUACUAAUGGAAUGUCAGCCUUUCCCCCUUGUGGGUAGAGCAAAGGGCAGAUUGUACAAUAUUUCACUUUCCAUGGGUUAAUUAGAUUUUAGGUAAGACUUUUAUUAAAGUCCAAAGAUAAAGUUUAAACAGGCUUCUGUUUUUAUUAGAUUUGUUCCUAAUAUAAUUAUACUGCCCUCCUUAAUAGACACACUGAUCAGUUCACUAUAAAUUGGCUUAGUUAAGCUCAUUAUUGCUAUAAUGUAAAUGUUAAGUAGUGUUUUAACACUGAUAUUAAUGAUGCAACUUGUUUAAGUCUCCCUAGUUUGUUUUCAUAACUAGCAGAGAAAACAGAAAACUUCUAAUAUCAAAUAAGGAACUGAUGUUUAUGUGUCAGUGCCAAAACCCCAUUGCAUGUAUCGGCUGCUCGAAGAAUCACAUCUCUUAUACUACCCUUUGUCUAUGGCCUAUAAAGUCCCAACUUCUUUUGCCCUCAAUAGGAUAUCUGUAACUUGCAGUCCUUAGUUUCCCAACUAAAGAAUAUUAAUGCCUGUGGAGAACUAGUGGGGAGCUGUUUAACAUAUUGACAGUGCUUUCAGCUUUAUCCUCCUUUGUUCCUGGAGCAAGAAGAUUCUCUUCCUGUGAGACCAAGUGGCCUGGUUUGCACAUCAAACCUUGGCUUAGUGCAAAAGCGUGAACAUACAGGCUCCAACAAACCAUGGUUUGUUCUUGGUUACAACUCAUGGCUAGUCUGGAUAGAAGUUAACCAGAUGGGUUGGGAUGACAUACUAAGGCAUAACAUGGUGUGGCAGCAAAAAGAGAUGGGGAAGAGUGAAGUAGCUACAAGCGCCUCUACGGGAGUCUGUGCAUUCACGCUUAACCAAGGUUUCACUUAAUGUACUAUGCAAAUCAGGCCAUUGUGGAGGGAAGGAGGGAGAAGAAUUGCAGAUGAUCUGGAAGCGAUUGAACGUGCCAUUAAAGUAACUCUUAAAGUGUGAUAUUACUGAGGGUGGGAUUCACCUGAUGAGUCUUGUCUGGAAUAUUUUUGUGUGUGUGUGUGUGUGUGUGUGUGUGUGCAACACAGCUUUUCUCCCUGCUACCCUCUGUGCCACCCAAAAUUGGCUCUGGGGGGUUUGCGAGAACCCUCAGAAUAGCAUGUGUAAGGAGAAGAGAGGAGAUAAUUCCAUCUGGGAAACUGAAAAGCUCGCAUUGACUGAAUGACUGCCUUAACAUGACACUGAAUUUCUUCCCAACUGCAGAGACACUGAUAAAAUCAAAUUAUAUCAUUUUGCACUAAACAAAUGUACUUCUUUUGUGUAACCAUACUGCUUUCUUUUCCUGUUUCGUCAAUAGUGUGACCAUUAUUGAAUAAGGUAUUACAACUCUUUGGUUUUUGUUUUAUUGCUAUUUCCAGGGUGCUGGUUGCACUGCACUGGUGGUAGCUGUGGUAGCAAGGAAAUUAGAACUUACCAAAGCUGAAAAACAUGUGCAUAAUUUCAUGAUGGAUACCCAGCUAACUAAAAGAGUAAGUCAUAAUGUGUUUUUUGUUUGUUUGUUUUUGUAUGUUCAAUAAAAAGCGAAUAUUUUGCUUUGUUUUUCACCAUGGUCACAGAUAGUUCUAGGGAUAGAUCUUGAAAGAUGCUACUGAAUUAUUGAAUCUCUAAGUUUCAUGUCAGCUUUAAGUGUUUUGUCCACUGGUGGUAGAUGUGAGGUCUCGCUUAAGGAAUAGCAAAACAGAAGCAAAUAUGUGGAAUAGGUCCUGGAACAUGAGCUGAAGGCACAUGAUCAACCAGGCAUAGGCAAACUCAGCCCUCCAGAUGUUUUGGGACUACAGUUCCCAUCAUCCCUAGCUAACAGGACCAGUGGUCAGGGAUGAAGGGAACUGUAGUCUCAAAACAUCUGGAGGGCCGAGUUUGCCUAUGUCUGUGAUAAACCAGUCUUAGUAAAUCUAAGUAGGUAUGGGACUGAUCAGUGCCUGGAAGUGAAACUUCGGAGGAAGUGUUACGUUUUCUGCCUUGAUUCCAUCACGGAAGAAAAAUGAGAUAUGAUUGUAGUGACAAACUAGCAGCCAGGUUAGUCUGACUAGUUGUCCUUCAACCCAACUGCUCAUCUACUUAAAACAAAACGAAACAUAACUGGCAUUCAGUGUCUAACAAUUCCUGAUGCUGUGGUGGAAAUGUACUCUCAGAGUGCUGAUCAGAUAAAAUGAUCUUGUGAGAAGCAAUGCUUGUCUAUUUGGCAUUCCAGUUAUAUCCUAACCACAUGCUUUUAAAAAAUAUUAAAAUAUUAUAUACAUCCGGGAAAAUCCGUCCGUAUGGCAAGUCAAGAUUUUUGCAAAUUUCCUUAAAGAUAGCUCAAAAACUUCACCUUUUUAAAAAAAGAUUUCGCAAAAAAGCUUAACAACUUUUGGCAACCCUGCUAUAUAAAGCCAUGAUCCAAAAUGUCAAGUAUGUUUCCUCUUCUUGCCUAUGAAAAAGAUGUUCCAUGACAACAGAGGAGAGAAGGGAAAUUCCUGCAUGGGCAGUGGGGAAGGGAAUGUUAAUCAGACCUACUGCAUCAUAAUGUAUGAACCAGAAUUCCCAAGAUGCUGGGUGUGGAUAGUCACUAAUUCAAGUGCCAAGCAGAGGCACAGAAUUUAGACAGUUGUGCUCAUAUUACGUUAGCUCUCUACAGCACCUGGUCUCAGAAGGAGACAUUCCUGUAAAUAUUUAUGAUAGAUAACAUGUGCUAGGGAAGACUCAAAGGGACGUGUAAUGCUGUUUCAGUCAGCCUGGUGUUUUCUUUUUUUAAAACAGGUGAAAAAUGCAGCGGCCAAUGUACUCAGGGAAACAUGGUUAAUUUAUAAAAAUACAAAGCUGGUGAAAAAGAUAGACCAUGCAAAAGUAAGGAAACAUCAGCGCAAAUUCUUGCAAGCUAUUCACCAGUAAGUACCAUUUUGGCUUGUCUAUUUCCCCCUUAUCCAGGAUGCUGUGGUAAUCUGGCAGGUUCAGUUUCUAGUGUGGAUGUUGCUGUUCUGCUGAUACAGGCAGCUGUCCCAAAUCCACCUUCUGCCUGAUUCUGUUCACUUUAUCUCAAGGGUGUGGGAGGAAAACAUUGUAUGUAUCUCAGUGUGUCCCUGAAUCUCCAUCUCAUUGAUGGGAAACAAUAGUAUUCGAGAUGGAUAUGAAAUGAGAUGCACAAUCUAAUUCACAUACAGAUUAUACAUACAGUUUUUAGAAGGAAAGACAUCUUAGACUCUUCAUGAAGUUUCCGUGGAUUUCCAAGGCCAGGGGAAGAGAAAGCAGAAACGUUGUGGAAACAAAUGAACAAGUUUUUCACAUCCCUGACUCUUCAUGUGUGAUCCAACCACCCUUCCUUGAAUAUAGAUUUUCUUUGCUAAAGCAUCCUACACAUGAUAUUUUGGAAUAAGAAUGAAUCUAGUACGUAUUGCAAAAUAGAUUUGAAUAUCAAUAACAUCCUCUUGUGAUUUUUCUGGCAGGUGCAAACCGCUGACAAAAGAAUAUUUUACUAUAUUCACCAUCAGUCAAUAGCCCCUUAUUUUAUUAUGUGAUAUAUAAGUUUAAUAUAAUAUUUUUUACCAUUUUUUAAAAUGAUUGCAAGCAGUAGGUUCUACUACUGUGCCAGUUUUAGGUAAUGGGUAAAGAAUGUAAUCAUUUCCUAUUGAAAUGAUUGGUUCAUUUUAAAAUCAAUGUUAUUGCUGCAGCAAAUUUACACUUGGUGAAAAGAUAAUGGUGGGAUAGUUGUCUUCAUUUUGGCACCCCAAGAAAUUAGCCACCUUAUGGUCUAUUCAUUUAGGGUAUGUGGGGGAAUUAGUUCCUGAUACGAGCUAAUCUUUGGAAACCGCAUGCUCCUUGCAGAUAUAAUGGAAGCAUUGCUGAUUCCUCAUUCAUACUUGACUUUGGAGAGUGCUCAGUCACUGUUAUGUUAGAGCAGGAAGAGCUCGCCACAAAUUGGGCUACAUAAAACUAGUGGCAGAUAUUAAUUGCUGCAGGUUUCUCUUCUUCACACCCUUCCUCUGCAGCACAUAGAGAGUUCUUGGGAGGAGGAAAUGGCCAAAGAGUAUGGAGCUUGGUGAACUAGCAGUAGAGAUAUAGUGUAAUGAAAAUGGGAGCAGAGGUCCACUUCCGUGAAAGAGGUCCUUUCUCAGAAGUGUAGAUCAGAACCUCAGAAUCUGAGUUGAAAUACACAUGGUGUAUAUUGCUUUUAAUCAUUCUACAGUGGGGAAUCAGUAAAGUUAGAUCAUCUUGACAGACCCAAUACUAUAAUAACAAGAAAAAGACUUCAGAGCCAGUUCCAAGAAGUUGCAAAAUAAAUAUGGCUUAGCAUUAUGAACUGCAGCAAGCAUCUGGUUUAUGUGCUCUCCACUCCAGCACAGAUGCAGGGAGUAUAUUAAAAAAUCUCUGCUUUCAUUCUAUAUUAACCCCAAACUGUGGUCAAUCUUAACCAUGGUUAGUUAAAACAAGCGAACUUUGUGAACUGUGGUUUGAAGUUGGCUUGUUUCAACAAACCAUGGUUAAGAUUAACAGUUUGUAUCAUCUGAAUUCCAACAUGACAAACAGCUAGAAGUGAAAGCUUAGAGAAAGAGAAAGAGGGAUAACAGCCCCAAGGUUCACUGUAGCUCAUUCAACCAUAGUUUAGUAUCAUGUCCAAACAAGGCUCAUUGCGAGCAAUUCGUUUUUCUUCCUACUUUCUUCUUUUCCACACCUGAUGUUAACACAAGACGUGGAAUCUCUGGUUGUUCCCUGCACAGAGGUCUGUGUACAGAGCCCAAGGGUCGUGAAUUUCAUUAUAUAGAGUCUGUAGUCACCCAUUACACCAAAAGUGAGGAGGAAAUAAGUUUCAUAAAUUAACCGUGCUUCUCUUCUUUCGCUGUUGAUUUGAACGCAUUAAAUGGCAGUAAUGUUAUUUCCUUUUCUGCUUCAGAGGAGGGAUCUGAAAAGGGUUAACUCAUUAAGGGCUAACUCAUUAAGGGCUAACUCAUUAAUGGUUACAUACUAUGCUUAAGUUAUAAAAUAAAAUGUACACAAUGAGUAUUAGUUCAGUUUAGCAAAGAUGUGAGGUUAAAUGCUGCUGUCUAUAGAAAAACUGUUUCUGCCCAAAAAGGGGGAGCGUGUGGGUGGGUUCCUGAGAUAGUGAAUUACAAAAUGAGCUGAAACCAGGUAUUACAAUAUUGUGAUUUAGUGGGAUUCUUACUUCUGAGUGUACAUGUUCAGGAUUGGACUGCAACCUCUGCAACAGGGAUAGGGAGCCUAUGUACUACAAUUCCCACACCCUUUGACCAUUGGCCAUGCUCGCUGUGGCUGAUGAGAAUUAGAUUCCAAAAGCUCCUAGAACGCCACAGGUUUCCCACCCUGCCCUACUGUGAUCUGGCAUCACAUCAGUCUUCAUGGAAUAGUCCUUUUUUCACAUCAAUAUGGCUUCUAAUAAGCAUGGGGCAGGGUAGCUAUUAUCAACCAGGUGCUUGUCUUCAUUUUAAUUUAAUAUGUGAUUUAGCUUUGUCUUCUGACCUUACUUUCUAUGUGUCCCUUGCUAGAAGUAUUCAGACUUUCAAAAAUAUGUGUGGAUUUGCCAGUUGAUGUGCUAGAGCUUUGUUCUCAAAGGAAGUGAUACAACUUUAUCCCUUUAGUUUCAAAAAGAACUGCAAAUAUUUGUUCAUCACCUACUAUUGAGUAAGAAACUAAAUGAAGUAAUUCCCAUAGUGGCUACCUUUCCUUGUUAUGCAGAGUCAGGUUUCUGUUUUACUUCUGAAUUUUCAUUUGUCCUGCGUCAUUUGACCUCCCAAGUCAAACAAAGGAGGUUAAAUUGUAUUCUAGCAAAAUAGGGGAAUGGAACCAGUCAUAUCCUGUUGGAUGCUAACAUUCAGAAUGUUAAGUUUGAUUUUCUAUUUCUAGCUGAACUGUGUAGUUCUCCUUUUUGAUUCAUGGUGAUAGUCUUCAUUCACAUAUUCAUAUGUUUUCCUUUAACUCCCCUUAAUGACCCCCUUUAAAGGUUAAUUCUAGCCUACUCAACACUUGAUGUUGGGAGGGAAGAUGGAAAUAAAAUGUACCAAUACUAAGUCUCUUAACUCUUGAGAAUCCUGGUAAUAUUUCAGCUAUCAAUUCUUCCCAUGUAUGGAUGGCAUGUGGGAAGGGGGCUGAGGUAUUUAGGUGCCACUGAUAUCCCUCCGGCCAGAAUAACAUGUGACGUUAAAUGUUUAACAUAAACAAGCAGCAUUCUAGUGCACAGUGCUCAAAGGUCCAUCUGUCAUUUCUCCCCUACUCUUGGCCACACUCUGCCAGGAGAAACAAGCCACAAACCUUGGCUCAACACACGUGUCUGAAUUCAGAACAUGUGUCGAGUCAAGAUUUGUGGCUCUAAACAAACCACAAGUGGUAGCCAAAGUUUGUUAUUGGCUUACUGCUCAUGGUUUGUUUGGGAGAAACAAACCAUGAGCCUAGGUUUGGAUAAUAUGACUAGCCAAGACUUGACUUUUUAUUCCCCCAAAUAUAUCACACCCAAGAGCAGGGGAGGAGUUAAGCAGGAACUUCCACCAGCAUGCUGCUUGUUCGCAUUAAGCCAUAGUUAAAAAUUAAGCAUGGUUUAAUGUGAUGCGUGAACGCAGCUAAUGUCUGCUUGUACCACAACGUAUGAAACGUCACUGCUUACUUUCAGAACAUGGUGAAAUGUGGUAUAGAAACUGAGAGUAUAACGCUGUCCUGCAUUUGAGUUGUUAAUUGCUGACCCAGAGAGUGCUAUGGAGAAAAUGUAUGAACUACAAGCUCCAUAACAGAGCACAUUGCGCUCACAUGAAGACCAUCCCUUGUGUUAAUUUGUUUUAGUCAAUUUUACAGUUUCUUUUCUUUUGUUUUGUCUUUUUAUUUCAACAAUGAAAAUAGAGCUCGGAAGUAAGUUGUGUGAGCUGUUCCUUUCAAAUUUGCAGAAUUUACCACUGUCUGCAUGCAACAAAUGGAUACUUUAUUUGUGAAUUUCAAUAGUCUGGUUGCUACUGUGGAACUGCAAUCCAAAGUCAUGAAUUUCUUCUGUGAUAAGUGAAGUUCGGAAGGAAGGAAUCAGAGUAUCAAUAUUUCUUAAUUUUCAGAGAAAGAUCUGGCUAGUAUCAUUUUUAAUCUGACUGUCGCAGCUAAGAAAUGAUCAGUUUAUAAAAAGGUUUGCUCCACCUAAGUCACAACCAAGGCUGAUAUACACACCUUGAAGAUGCAAAUCUCUCUUUAUCAACAUACAUUUGCAAGAGAGGUAAAUAAUCAGCAUAAAAAUUAUACCAUUUAUUUAUCAUAUUUCUCCAAAUGUUCAUAUAGGGAAGGAAAGGAGGAUAGAAAGCUCAACCUAAAAUGUCGCUAAUUGGCUUUCCCUCUUCCAAAGAUAACUGAUGACCUAAAAUAUACUUUCAAAAGUUUAUACAGACAAAUCUACACAUCUGAUGUAUACAGACCAACACUCUUGUUUGAUUUCUUUCAGCGUUGUCCCUUAUAGACCCUGUUUGCACAUAACAGUAAGCCAAGCCGUGGCUAAGCAUGAAUGAGUGAACAUGUGUGUCCUUAGAGGAAAAAUCACUGGCACUUCACCCCUCCGCACUCUUGCUGCUUCCAUGCUAGCAAACAUUAUGCCAUUGAUUGGCUUAGCAGUACAUCUAAAGCUAGGCUCAAGGUUUGCUUCCAAGACAAACUAGAAAUGCAGGGGCAAACUUUGGUAAUAUGGUCCCCUGAGCAAGGACAAGAUUUGGCACCCCCCAAAAAAUAUUUCUUAUUUUCACAAUAAUUCCUUUUGGUACAGUUCCUUUUUUAAAUCAAUCUUCUCAGUAGGUACCUGUAUAAAUAUAGGAAUAACAACAACAACAACAACAACAACAACAACAACUAUUAUUAUUAUUAUUAUUAUUAUUAUUAAUCCCCAUGGCUUGGUGACUUGUGCAGGGGAACUGCCCGCACUGUCCUAAAUCCGACAUUGACAAAUGAUAAGCCAAAUCUAAACCUUGGCUACAAAUCAUAGUUUGUGUGAUUGAGCAAAACCAUGAGCCCAGAAUCAGGCAUAAUGCUAAGCCAAACCAUGGCUUAGCUCUGGAUAGUGGAACAGCAACAGGACAGCUCAUUUACACUUAGCCAUGGUUUGGCUAAGAGAACUGGGUCACAGUAUCACUUAAUAAUUUUAUGUGUUUCUGGACAUACAUUAUUCCUCCUCUUGAAAAUGUGAGCUUGAGUGCCCCUCAUACCUCCCACAACAAUGCUGAACUUGUGUGACUGCAGCUGUAAGCCCAUUCAUUAUCAUUCACCCCAUCAAAUUGAAUGCACAGUGCUGAAGGGGUGGGCUUUAAGAGGGAAUCCUGAAACAACUGGAUUCUGGGAUUGUGAAGAAACCACCUUUAGCUUCUUUUAAAAUAAAGGUAAAGGUAAAGGACCAUUAGGUCCAGUCAUGGCCGACUGUGGGGUUGUGGCACUCAUCUCGCUUUAUUGGCUGAGGGAGCCAGCGUUUGUCCGCAGACAGCUUCUGGGUCAUGUGGCCAGCAUGACUAAGCCGCUUCUGGCGAACCAGAGCAGAGUACAGAAAUGCUGUUUACCUUCCCGCCGGAACGGUACCUAUUCAUCUACUUGCACUUUGACAUGCUUUUGAAGUGCUAGGUCGGCGGGAGCAGGGACCGAGCAACGGGAGCUCACCCUGUCGCGGGGAUUCGAACCGCCGACCUUCUGAUUGGCAAGUCCUAGGCUCUGUGGUUUAACCCACAGCGCCACCCGCGUCUCACAGUUUAUUUUAUCUUUUAAAAUAAACUGUGAGAAUAAAUUCACGAGUUAUCAGUUGCGAAUAAGACAAUGCAAUGGCGCUGAUACAGGACAAAAAAUUAAAUAAAUAAACGGAUUCCAAUUAUUAAUGAGGUUUAGGACAAUGACCUGGAAAGUGGAACCGCGUGAGAUUAAUGCCUAAGUUCAGGGUAGCUUCAUUUCUUGAAUGAGAUCAUGGGCAUGUUGUGAACUGAAUAACGUUCUCACACACUUAGUUGACCACACAACAUCCUGCUGGCUUAGACACCCAAAGUCCUUCAUUGCCUUUGUAACUUGAUGAUGAUAGACUGCCUUUAUAAAGGAGACAAGCCUACAUCCCUGGGGGGGGGGCAGUAUCCAUGUCCAAAAUACACAGAGAGCAACCCCAGCCUGUAAGGCCUCUACAUUUAGUUCAGCAAAACAGAUUUAACUGUACAAAAGAAAAAGCAUGGAGAGCUGCCUCUUCCCUUGAAAUGAAUGGGAAAGCUAUUAUGGAGCUCUUGGUGUGGGUGUGUGCUUUGGUAUAAAUAGAGAAUUUUGCAUUGGACUGUUUUAUUCCUUGAAGCACAUAAAGUGGUGCCCCGCAAGACGAACGCCUCGCAAGACGGAAAACCCGCUAGACGAAAGGGUUUUCCGUUUUGGAGGCGCUCAUAAAGCAAUUUCCUAUGGGCUUGCUUCGCAAGACGACAGCCCAUAGGGAAAUCUCAGGGACAGCGGGAAGCGCAGCGCGUCUUCCCACUGUCCUCGGACCUCCUCCGAAGCCUGGCGGCGGGCGGGGACACCUCCUCCCGCCGCCGCCGGGCUCGAGGCUCCCGAGGCCGGGCGGGGGAGGGAACACCUGCCGCCGCCGCCCGGCCGGGAACGGUGCUCCGGGCCGGGCGGGGAGGGAACACCUGCCGCCGCCGCCCGGCCGGAACGGUGCUCCGAGCCGGGCGGGGGGAGGGAGACCUCCCCGCCGCCCGGCUCGGAACGGUGCUCCGGCCGGGCGGUGGGGAGGAGACCUCCCCGCCGCCCGGCUCGGAACGGUGCUCCGGCCGGGCGGUGGGGAGGGAAGACCUCCGCCGCCCGGCCUCGGAACGGUGCUCCGGGCCGGGCGGGGGAGGGACCACCUGCCGCCGCCGCCCGGCUUCGGCACGGUGCACCGAUGCCGGGCGGGGGGGAGGGAAGACCUCCCCCCCGCCCGGCUCGGAACGGUGCUCCGGGCCGGGCGGGGGAGGGAACACCUGCCGCCGCCGCCCGGCUCGGGAACGGUGCCCGGGCCGGGCGGUGGGAGGGAAGACCUCCCGCCGCCCGGCUCGGAACGGUGCUCCGGCCGGGCGGGGAGGGAACACCUGCCGCCGCCGCCCGGCUCGGAACGGUGCUCCGGCCGGGCGGGGGGAGGGAACACCUGCCGCCGCCGCCCGGCCUGCGCACGGUGCUCCGGCGCCGGGCGGGGGGAGGGAAGACCUCCGCCGCUGCCCGGCUCGGAACGGUGCUCCGGCCGGGCGGUGGGGAGGGAAGACCUCCCCGCCGCCCGGCUUCGGAACGGUGCUCCGGCCGGGCGGUGGGAGGAAGACCUCCCGCCGCCCGGCUCGGAACGGUGCCCGGCCGGGCGGGGGAGGGAACACCUGCCGCCGCCGCCCGGCUCGGAACGGUGCCCGGGCCGGGCGGGGAGGGAACACCUCCGCCGCCGCCCGGCCCGGAACGGUGCCCGGGCCGGGCGGGGGGAGGGAAGACCUCCGCCGCCGCCCGGCUCGGAACGGUGCUCCGGCCGGGCGGGGGGAGGGAAGACCUUCUGAAGGCGGGCGGGGGCGAAAGUCUUUGCUCCCCUGCCUGCCUGUCCCGGAGGGCUUUUGAAGGCGGGGAGCAAGACUUCGCCCGCCCGCCUUCAGAAGAGGUCCAGGACCUCUUCUGAAGGCUGGCGGGGGCAAAGUCUUUGUCCCCCUGCCUGCCUUCCCAGGGGCUUUAAAUUGCCCCGGACAGCGGAGAAGUCCUCCGCUGUCCCGGGGUGAUUUUAAAUGCCGCCCGCCAGCAUUUUAAGAUCGCCCGGACAGCGGAGAAGUCCUCCGCUGUCCCGGGUUUUUAAAAUGCUGGAGGUGGGAAGAAAAGCCCUUGCUCCCCAGCCUUCAGAAGAGGUCCGGGGACAGACUGUCCCCGGACCUGGUCUGAAGGCGGUUUCCUAGGAACGCAUCACUGAUUUUCAAUGCAUUCCUAUGGGAAACCGUGCAUCGCAAGACGAAAAACUCGCAAGACGAAGAGACUUGCGGAACGAAUUAAUUUCGUCUUGCGAGGCACCACUGUAAUCUUUAAGAAAAAAAGAAGAGGAAGGAAGCCACUUACACCAAUAUAGCCGAUUCACAAUUUGCAUCAAGACUUUACAUGGAUAGUACUACAUUUAAAACUUUUCUGUUCUCAUAUAUUUGGAGAGGGGGGAAAGAUUAACAGUCUUUGUCAAACUCACUGGCCAUAUACCCUUAAACCAACACACAUUUUCAUACUACAGUUCAGAAUAAUACAUCUUGUUUUUCUCUUUCUUACCCUGCUCAGCUGAUUAACAUGAAUGGAAUUACUUGGGUACCAAGGGGAAAACUAUACCCAUGAGGCUCUUUAAUACAGAUACAAUACUUCAUAGUGUUCUGGUUUAAUCACGGACAGAUAAACUGGUCAACCAAACCUACUCGGUAAAUUGCUAUGCACAUUAAAAACAAAAGUAUUCCAAGUCAGAGACAUUGAGGACUGUGAAAGUAAUAAAUUAACAAGGAAAACUGUUAUGCACAUUGAAAACAAUUAAAAGUAUUCCAGGUCAGCGACACUGAGGACUGUGAAACUAAUAUAUUAACAAUGAUGCUCUUUAUUUAGCUGCUGGUCAGAUAAAAGAUUUUAAAAAUUAACAAGGAACUCACUUAUCACUGUAUUUUCAUCAGGUUCAAACACCUCCUAACCAAAUCCAUUUCAGACUGAAGAGGGCUUAUACCUGUAUCUAAUCAUGUAGGCAUAUGGAAGAGGCCGAAUGAUUGCUCAGGCAAUAAUAAGGAGAUUGAAUUGUCGUUCAUUACUUCCUAUGCCUACUUGCCAGGAUACUGGAGCUUUAAGGAAUGUUUUGGCUUUCUUUCAUACACUAUGAAUAAAUCCUUACCUCCCACUUUGAAUUCAGCGUUAACCAUGGCAAUUAGUAGUCUCGGGGACAUCACAUUUUCUUGCUCUCUUCUUUCUUUUUUGCGGUGUUAAGGAAGCAUGCUUUUUUUCAUUGUACCAGACACAUAACCAGUUAUGACUGUACACAAAGUAUUCAAGACAUUGUCCAUGCAGUUAUCUGUUUAGAUGCAUGCUGUAUUCAAGUUUGAGGAGCUGGCAAAAAAAAUCUGUUAUCUGACUUGGAUUUUCAAUCUUUUAGAUUAAGAAGUGUUAAAAUGGAACAAAGGAAAUUGAACGAUCAGGCAAACACUUUGGUGGACUUGGCAAAGGUCAGUGUAACAACACCGGCUUUUGCUUUUGUAUACUGUACUGGCAUUUUGCUUUUGUAUACUGACAUUCAUCGUUUUGCUAAGGUUUAAGGUAAAAAGCCAACUCAAGCUCUAUAAGCCUAUUCCAGUGAACUUCCUUCUGUUAUCAUAGGAGACAAGUCAACAUUCACAAAUGGUUUAGCUUAUUUGAGGAAAGCAAAAGCUCAGUCUAGCUGUGGGAAACUACUCACCCGGCCUUGGGACAGGAGAUGCUCUUUGAGCAGGUGACAAAGAACAGAAGAGAGUGUACAAAUAAAUGGGACUAGGUUUUAUAAGUGGCUUUUGAAUGUUGCCUUCCUUGUUCCUAUCCAAAUUGCCAAAAUGAAGUGGAGUCUCAGGGCCACUUUACACAUUGAAGUUGUAUGGUUUGCAACUAAAAUGCUCUGCCUAUGCACUGGAAAGGCUAUGCACAUUUUCAGCCACAUAUCUCCUGAUUUAAGCAUCUCAGGGACCUGGGAUACGCCUCAGCUCGACACUGGAUUGACACACAGUGCGCGAAGCACAUUUGCCACUACAUGAUGUGUGCAGUGCUCCUUAGAAAGAUGAAACUCUCUUUACUGUAAAUGGUGAGGGAAAUUGAAAGCAUAUAACUGGUCUAACAGAACCCAUUUGUGGAUAGAGAAGCUUUUCAGCUUCUGCUACAAAGAGUAUUUGUUGAACUGAGUCACAUUUCUGCAUCUCCCGAUUUCUGAAGGGUUUUCCAACCCACCUCAUUGUUUGCUUGAAAUCUCAAAAGUGCGCCACUAAGGAAUCACAAGCUCCAGCUGAAUUGCACCUGUGCAAUAAAGCUUGGAAUAAAAACACUUUCUGAAGCUGGUUCGUGCUAGUUGUUUGUGAAGCUGCUGGUUUAUGAAGUCACAGUUUGUGUUGCUGUUUUCCUGUUUCUAAGCAAUGAGUGUUUGAAUUGCUGCGGAACAACCGUGCUUGCUCGAACGCGUCUCCCUUUCCCUUUUUCUUUCAGACUCAAAACAUCAUGUAUGAUAUGAUUUCUGACUUAAACGAAAGAAGCGAAGACUUUGAGAAGAGGAUUGUUACUUUGGAAACAAAAUUGGAAACAUUAAUUGGUAGCAUUCAAGCUCUCCCCGGACUGAUUAGCCAAACAAUCAGCCAACAACAAAGGGAUUUCCUUGAAGCUCAGAUACAAAACUAUGAUAAGCAUGUGACCUACAGUGCAGAACGAUCGAGGUCCUUGUCUCGGAGAAGGAGGUCGUCCUCCACAGCACCACCCACUUCAUCAGAGAGUAGCUAG